UCACAACAGCAGACAAUAGCUCAUCCUGUUCUAAUGAUAGCAAAACAUUCUAUGAGAAGAAUUUCGUCUAAUCAACUGUUUUAAAGCCCCGAUUUUCUUUCACUAUAGAAGCUGUCGUUGUCAACCAGAAUUGCAUACAGUACUGAUUUGCCAUCUUAAAACUACAUAAACAUCCUACAGUUUUUUACCAGAAGAACUAGUGCACGGACUCCUACAUCUGCAUUCCUACAUCUGCGCUUGCUGACAUUUGCUUCCAAGUGAACAUCGUUUGGAUCGGGCUGUAUCAGUUUUACGUGCGGCUAAAUUGUUCAAAACGCUUCGAGGCUUGCAUAGCGCUGCUUCUGCUUAGAUCCGCUUGAUGGCAAUCCAUGGAGGAACUCAUCCGAACUACAACUCCUAUGAAACCCCGCGCUGUUGCACAAUCCGGGGCAGCGAGCGCAGGGCACCCCUGGAAGUUGUAGUUUCAUUGGCCGGAAGCCCAGUAGAAGAAAAGGGGAACUUUCCGCCAUCACCGGGACUACAAGCCCCAGCAUGCUUUGGGUAACCCGGGGCGGUAAUGGCGGCGGCAGCGCCUGCGCAUUGCGGUCUCCGUGCGGACCGCGCAGAGUGAAUAAUAAAGCUCUCCUCCUCGGUGGUAGCGGGCGGCGGCGGAGGGAGUGGAAGGCAGGAGCAUGUCGAAGGGCCCGGUAGCGACCGGGCCUCCCGCGACCGGGCCGGUGGCGCCCGCCAGCGCGCUCCAGGCGCAGCCCGAGAAGCCGCAGCACUACACGUACGUAGCGAGAACACCCGCAGCCGCCACUUACUGCUGCUGCGACCGCCGCCGCCGCACCCCUCCGCCCGGCACCCGCCCGCGCGCCACACACGCCUGACGUCAGCGGGCAGCGUGCGGCUCGCGCGCACGGAAGCCAACCGCCCGCCCGGAACCGGCUGGAACCGGUCGUGGCCGGCCUGGGCCGGUGGAAUUUCGCCUGAGUGGGAGGGGGCGGGGCGGGAGCUGACACCCCCCCGCCGCCGCGCGCUUUUCCGUUCCCGCGCGCGAGUGCGCGCGCAAGAACAACCCCACAUACAUAAUACACACACCCCACAAGCUGAGGCGCGCGAUACCCAUGAUGCGUUGCGGCUCGCGCACCCCAUGGCUCCUUUACUUUGACUUUAGGGGGCUAGUGGGUACCUCUUGUAAUCUUCCUCGACCCCCUUUCCCCAAAUCAUCUGUUUUGUACUUGGUAGUGUCUCUCUAUCUCGGCUCUGCCUUCUUCCGCUUAGUAAAACGGUAAACCGCUUUCCAUGCCGCCAAGUAGGACGGUUGUGAAGUCAAAUGUUGGAAAAACAAGUAGUUUAGUUUACUAUGUUUAUAUAUAAUCUUCGCCUUCUUUCUUUCUCAAGUACUAACCUCGUGUUAAUGGCCGUGGGCUUGUGGUAAACACAAAGGCAUCCUUUAUCUUAUUUCGAACUGUCUUUUCUAGAGUAAAGGGACCAUCCCAGAAAAUCUAAGCUGCUCUUUGCUAGAGCUUUGACUUUCUUUGCUGUUCUUCCUUGGCACUGGGUUAGUUUGUCUUUCUCUCAGGAGAUGCCUCGUUAACAUUUCAAGAAUAAGGGGAGCUGUGGUGUGUGUUCUGUGAAGUAAAGGAUGCCAAACCCAGGAGAAACGUUAUGUAGAGUAAAUUGCUAUAUUUCUAGGGGGGAAAUGGUAACAAAAGAGAGAGCAUAAAAUAGUGUUUUUUCCUCAGUCGCUGUAGUACAAAAUGCUUUGGUAGAAAAAUGUCAAAGGGAUACUGAGUUCUGAAAUAAAUGGCCUGCUAGUGUUCUGUGGCAAUUGUGUGAGGAAAGUAUUGUUUUCACUCCAUUCAGAAAUCCUGGUAAAUUCUCUUGUGACCUAAUUCUGUGAAUAACUGGCUAAGCAAAUGCAGGUAUUUUGGACCAGACAGUGAAUUAUGUGCCACUGGGGACAUCACCAACCUCUGUAACAUUGCACUGCAGGUGCAAAUCCACAAAGGAUGCUAGUACCUUGGCAUAGUGUUGUGGAACAGUGGUACUACGCUAGAAAACAGCCUCCAUUUUUGUAUGUGGUAUAAUGCAAAGCUAACAUAUGGCACAGAAUUGGCCAGAAAUGAAGUACAGUCAGGUUAGAACUGAGAAAGUGCAACCCUUCAUGUAUCUUAGGCUGCAAUCCUAUACAGUGGUACCUUGGUUUAAGAACACUCCUGUUUAAGAACGAUUCGGUUUACGAACUCCGCAAAACCGGAAGUAGUGUCCCGGUUUGCAAACUUUACCUUGGUCUAAGAACAGAAUCCAAAUGGUGGAAGGGCACCAGUGGCGGGAGGCCUCAUUAGGUAAAGCGCGCCUCGGUUUAAGAAUGGUUUCGGUUUAAGAACGGAAUUCCGGAACGGAUUAAGUUUGUAAACUGAGGUACCACUGUACCUACAUUCCUUGGAUUAAACCCAUUGAACUCAAUAGGGCAUACUUCUGAUUGGACAUGUGAAUUGUCUCAAGGAUGGAGAAGUGGAAUAAAAAUGUUGUAAAUCAAUAAAAUUCUUCAGAGCUAGUAAUACCGCUACAAGCGGUCACUGUGUUUUAACUGAUAACAAAUGUUAGUGCAGAGUUGUCUUACUUGUAACACAGAAGAGCCUGCUACUGUAGCUUGCUCCAGUAUACCUCCUCCAUGCAAAUGCUCAUUUAUUUAAUAAGUUUUGAAAUUAACGGCUUCCCAGCCAGAAUGUGGUACACUGCUUUAGGAGACAAAGUUGAACAAUAAAAUAAAUUGGAUACAUAACUGUUUUGCAAAAUUGCUUGGGUAUUCUGCUGGUCAAUUGGGACUCAACCAAUUUUAAUAUCAGGCCUAGUUUACAAGUAUGACUGUAACACACACACAAAAUCAAAUGGUGAAAUAAAUGAUACCAGGAAUACAGUUCAUAGGUGUGUUUUUUCAUUUUUGCCUUGUGGGUGCAUUUUGAUUAUUUUAAAGUUUGCUGAACUCAUCUGUGAGGUUUAAAAAUCAGUUUUCUUGUAAAAAUUUGCUCAGACAAAACUUGCUGGUAGACUUUGCAAAUUGAUGUUUCAAAUGCAGUCUAUUCUUUGCAUGAUCACACGUCUUUUACUAUAGUAAUCAGAGCUUAUGCUGAAGUAAGUGUGAGCUUACUUAGGAGUAAGUGGGGUUAAGAUUGCAGCCUUAGUGCAGCAAACACAUUUGUGUUCACAGAAUGUAAUGCUUGGCAUUCAUUUGCAUUCAUUUGCUUAUAUUUUUGGCAUUUAUUUGCUUUUUUUUUUGCAAUGAGAGAACCAUGUGUCUUCUGGUUCUGCUGACUGUAAUCUGCCCUUCUCUCAAAAAGUUACUAAAGUGUGCUGAAUGUACCGAAGUUAUUAAUAAGUUAACGUCUGCUUAUAAGUGUAAGGAAUUUCUUGCUGGACUGUCUCUUACAUGCAUAUUUAUGAAGUAAUUAGUAAUAUGUGUAUUUAAUAGUGUGUUAUGACUUCAUCUACUGUGAGGAAUUAAACAGUUGUCUUUGCAAAGUGAAAACUUUGAUAACUGAGAUAAUCGUUACUAUACAAGUUGCUGAUGACUGUAGAUAUCUCCCUGAAGAAAUGUUAUUGUUGCUUGAAUCUGCCUUCCCCAGAAAAAAAACUGACAGCCACUUUUCACCAGCGUUAGAAACUGAGAUAUGAAAGCUAGGAGCUAAAUGGCACCUUAAACCUAGGUUAUAGGUGCAACAAUGGAAUAUCUAGGCACACUUUUUAAUAACAAGAAUUGUUGUUGUUUAGUUGUGUCCAACUCUUCGUGACCCCAUGGUCCAGAGCAUGCCAGGCACUCCUGUCUUCCACUGCCUCACGUAGUUUGGUCAAAUUCAUGCUGGCAGCUUCGAGAACACUGUCCAACCAUCUCAUCCUCUGUCGUCCCCUUCUCCUUGUGCCCUCAGUCUUUCCCAACAUCAGGGUCUUAUAACAAGAAUACAAAGCUGAAAAUUAAUGAACUACAGCUAAAAUAUUAUGUUCAUUUUUCAUAUGAUCUAGUCCUUCCCCUGCCUACCCCCCUAAUAUUCUUAAGAGGGUCUCUUCUCUAGUCUUCAGAGAGUAGCUGGAAGUAAAAGGUAAAGGGACCCCUGACCAUUAGGUCCGGUUGCGGAUGACUCUGGGGUUGCGGCGCUCAUCUUGCUUUACUGGCCGAGGGAGCCGGCGUACAGCUUCCGGGUCAUGUGGCUAGCAUGACUAAGCCGCUUCUGGCGAACCAGAGCAGCACCCGGAAACGCUGUUUACCUUCCCGCCGGAAUAGUACCUAUUUAUCUACUUGCACUUGAUGUGCUUUCAAACUGCUAGGUGGGCAGGAGCAGAGACCGAACAACGGGAGCUCACCCCAUUGUAGGGAUUCGAACUGCCAACCUUCUGAUCGGCAAGCCCUAGGCUCUGUAGGGAGGCAGAAAAAGGUCUUCCUUUCCUUCCACUCUACAGUUUUAAUCUGAAAUCUUAGGCACAGUACUGUGCUCAGAGCUCAGAAACUGCUCACGCUAAUGAAAUUCCGUGUCACAAAAUGUGCAUAGAACAAUGAGAGUUUUGAACACUGCUUUCCACAUUAUAUUAGGGACACUUAAAUAUGAUCAGUUAUCAUUUUUAUGUCUAAUUGUCUCAUAAUGAAACAUGGUUAAGAUGACUGAGUUCAGACAUGCUGAUCCACUUCUGGAGCCACAACAUACCUGUAUCUUCUUUAGAGGUAGAUACAUAUUUUCUUAAGCCUUCGAGAUUUUAAAGUUUAGGGGGGAUUUUAAUCUUGGAAAUUAGAAACAAGUAAAUUUCCAAUUUUGAUAAUUGGAUAAAGCACAAUAACAACCCAGAGAGAGAGAGUUCUUGUGUCCUUAACCAGCUGUACACCUUAUACUGGUUAAAGUAGUUGGGCUUGAAACGGUAGCAACAUUUUCUCUCUUUUAUAAGAUGUUGGAAUAUAUUGAGAAUGGCAGGAAUAUAAUUAUGAAGGGGUUGUUGCUGGAAUGUAAAAGUAGUUUUUGUAUGCCAUUUAAAAAACACAAAUCUAGAAAUUGUGGCUGUGUGAGAAAGAUAAAAUGUUUAGGCAUUGGGCUGUUUGGAAUACAAAGCUAAACCAUGGUUUUGGUGUUACUUAAACAAGCCUAAAGACUGCUCUCGUGCCCCUGGCACACAUGAUCCCACCUUCCCUUGCAUGCCACAACACUUCCUUCCUGAUUUUAAGCAAAUCAUAGUUCAUCUCCCCCCUCCCCCCCAAUAAUUGUUUUUGGCAAACUAUGGUUUGUGCUUGUGUGUGUCCCAGUUCUGUUAUGUAGAAGUAAGUUUGCACUGGUGCAUUGUCACCAAGGCUAUGUAUACUUCGCAGAACUUAUAUUAUUAUUUUAAAAUGUGUAGAAAGGAAACCUAAAUCCUGUGUCGACUAAAGCUGGUUUUAUUUUUAUUUGGAACAGUUUUGCCAUUUUAUGCUCUCAUAAAAUUCAUUAGACUUCUAAUUGUGGAGAGGAGCAAGAAGCUAUGCAAGGUACUUAUCUCUAGACCACUAGAAAAUCUGUUUAACCUCUUGUCAGUUAGGCUGUUGGCUUGUUUCUCUCCAAAUAAUCAAGGGUUUUAAACCACAAUUAAGUUUCAACUAUGGUUUAAAGAAGUGGUUCCCAAACUUUUUCGAGCCACCGUCCCCUUGGUUGCAUAAAAUCAACUCUAGGGCUUCCUACCUUACCCUUCUGUAUAAAAAGCAUUACUGUACAGUCAUACCUCGGGUUACAGAUGCUUCAGGUUGCGUUUUUUCGGGUUACGGACCGCCGAAACCCGGAAGUACCAGAACGGGUUACUUCUGGGUUUUGGCGGUCGCGCAUGUGCAGAAGCGCCAAAUCACAACCUGCGCAGUCGCGCCGCUGCGGGUUGUGAACGUGCAUCCCGCAUGGAUCACGUUUGCAACCCGAGCGUCCACUGUAUUCAGAAUAGUGGUUUGCACAAGCCACUAAGGAGUACAAUAACACAAAAAAAUCAAAACAAUAACCAUUAAUUGCAUAUUCACUGAAAAUGCAAUGAAAAAUAUUUCGUUUAAGUAGUGAUGAACUUGAUCCAGUGACACCAGUUUUUCGAAGUCAUAUAGUUAUUUACAUCUCCAGCACCUCACUGCUGCCCCCGUGCCUCUAAGCUCCCCUCCCAGGUAAUCCCACCCACCCCAGAGGGCUGUACUGCACACUAUGGGAGCCACUGGUUUAAAGUCAUGUGUGAACAAGGCAAGAAAGUGAGUGAAAUCAUAGAAUCAUAAUACACUCCUGAAUUUGCCUUCCUUUUUUGUAACACCACAGAUUUGCAAUAAAGUUAUAAACAAAGGCGUGUCUGCUUGAGGUGAUUUAACCCCAAGAGUUCAAUCAAUGAGUAUGACAUAUUAAUUCUAUCAGUCAACCAUUAGCUCUUCCACUUGCAAUCUGCAGAGCAGUUAUUAAAAGGGAAAGCCUGAAUAAGAGACAGUAAGAGUUUAUAAGAUGAGAACUAUAAGGAGUAAUAAGUGUGAAAAGCAGUGAGAUUUCCAUGUGAACAAAGCUCAUUGUGCUGAACAAGCUGAAGAUCAAAUGUAGUUAUUGGCAUGGUAUGUUUGUCUCCUUUCAUAGUAAAAUGAUCAUGUGAAAUAUUUGCUUGAGUAUUCCCAUGCAAAACACUUAACUAGUGGUCUAUUUUUAUAAGGAAAUAGAACAGUGUUGGUGUUAAAAGGAUUUCAGUGAGAUUUCUAAGUAAUGCUUUUUUGGAAUUUUGCAUCUUGAUCUUGGCAACAUGUUUCCUUCUAGCCAGGGGACUAUUAACACAGAACUCAUGACUACCUACAGCAGACUGAUUCAGGCAUAGUUUCUGUACCAAACUGAGCAAAACUUACUCCAUUGCUGGAUGUGGUUUUACUUUUGCAAUGUAGCAGCCUGUUUUUACACAUGGUCGAGCUGAUUAACUUGCUGAUUAAUAGGGAAACCUGUUUGGGGCAGUUACCUGAAAAUUCUGUUGAUUUUAGCAAUUAAUUUUUUUCCCCUCAGAGAAGCAUUUUUGGUUUCAUUUUCAGUCAAGGUACUUUGGCUUAACUCUGUUAUGAAUCUGUCACACUAGGGCUGCAGUAUCUAAUUAAGUCAAUGUGAUUAUUCAGGAGUUGGCUGCAGGCUACAAGCUUUAUACUAAGACAAAAUAGCUCACAUACUUCCCUGUUCCUGGAGUUGAGGUGGCACCUGGAAUCUGUUUACAGAGUUUUGGCUGUAGCAUUGGGAAGCAUUCUUCAGUAUUCUGCUGGAAAUAGAUAUAAGGAUAUGCUUAUUUUGAAUUGCAAUUUUAUAAUUGCACUAAGAAUACGUAGUUCUUGAAAUGUUUUAUUGGCUCUCAAGACCCCAGAAACAUAGUCAUAUGAAACAUUUUACAAUUUUGCGCUCUGUGUUUUGGGGUGGGUGUGUGUGGGUGUGUUUUCCCAGAGUUGGGUGGGGAUAGAGAAUCAAGAAAUGUUACAAAAUAACAGAAUGUCAUGGCAGUUGUUACAUAUGACAGCAGUUAGAUGAGAGCUUUAUACAUUUGUGGCAUUGUGUGAACAUCUUACUGAAUGUUUUCAUCUUCUGUUUAGCUACUUUCCUUAAUUUUUGUAAAUGAGUUAUUUAAGGGACUAAUCAGUGUCAUUAUUAAUGCCAAUACUUCCCCUUCCCCCCCAACAACACCCAGAAGUAGAGUCACUGAGAGUUUGAUUGCAGUUUGACAUGUUCCUGAAGUGAAGAUGUUAUAGUGCAAGGCAAUACCAGUGAGUUCCACAUGAUUUGAAAGUUAAACCCAAGAAUCAUUGGAUUUUCACCUGUGUGUGGAAAUUAUACCUUGGAAUAUGUUAGACUGAAGCAAAAUAAGCAUUUCUUAUGACCAAUUGACAAAGCUGUAUUCAAAGGAAGUGAAAGCAAGUGAUCAGCACAUUCAAAAGCAGUCACAUUGAAAAUGAUCCACUUGGAUUUAUUCACUUGGAUGCAAGCAGCAUUGACACCUAGUGCAUAUUUAAAUGCAUUCUGCAUUCAGGACACCACAGAUGAAAAAGCCCUCUCCUGUGUUGACAUCUGCCUCAUCUCUCCUAGUGGGGCACUCUACAGAGGGCAGUGGAGUAGAAACAUCUUAACAGUCAGACACAUUAUUUCAGGAGUAGGGUGCCCUUAAGGUACCUGAGUUCUGUCAGGGAACUGCCAUCAGUGCCGGAGGGAGAGAGCAAAAGCCAGAGGGAUUCCAGAGAGCGUCCAGGGAUCGGGAGGAGCAGCCCAUCUUCUGGUGAAGAGAAUCAGCGUAGCACCAGUGGAGAAGCGGGGCAGAUGGGGGAAGCGGCGAGGCGGUCCCAUGACUCCUUGCCUGGGACCAGCGGGGAAAGUAGGGGUCCUCCGCUGCCCACGCCCUCCUUGCACAGAAGGCUUUUGCGCAGAGAGAGUAGGAGGAGACUAGGCGUCAAAGAGCUUCUUUGCUGGAAGAAGUUUAAGAAACGCCCACUGACGGAUUCUGCCAGCGAUUGAGUCAGCCACGGGUGAGUGGCUGUCCGGACAGAAAAGGUUCACUUAGGCAACCCAGCCAGGUGUUUGCACCCCGCCGGGGAGAUAAGCACCGGCUUACGCAUGAGCAACCCCUAGAACCAUUACAGCAAUCCGUCAGUCCCUGACGUUGCUUGUGCGCAGCCCCGGAGAGGUAGCACGAUGAGCCAAACAGGGCCGGCUGGAGAGACAGAGCAAGAAGCCAUGGUGCGAGGUCUGGUCGAGAGGAACCGAGACCUGGAGGUGCAUGUCGCUACCCUGUCAACGCGGCUGGAGGAGAGGCGGGCUCAGGAUGCACAGGUCAGAGACACCCCGAUAGCGAGGAAGGUCCCGGGGCUGGUAAACAAGUUUGGUGGAAAGCCCCAAGACUACAAUGCUUUCCGAACGGAAAUUCAAUACGCUUUGGAAUUGCAGAAAAAUGACUUUGCCGAUGACGGGGAGAGGAUGGCUUACAUUGUUGGACAUCUGCAGGCUGGGGCGGGGGAAUGGAUCAGGCCCUUAAUGGCAACGGGGAAUGAUGCAUUGAAAGAUCUUAAGAAAUUCUACCAGGCAAUGGACGCAAUGUUCUCCAGCGAGGUUGAGCAAAGCGUGACACGGAGGGAGCUGAUGGAGUGCAAGCAGGGGAGCCUGUCCGUCAGAAACUACUGGUCGCGUUUUGCGAUGUUAGUCCACAAGCUCAGGUGGGAUCUGGACUCUGAACCAGUACAAAUGCUGUUUGAAGCGGGUUUGGACCCCGAAGUGAAAGACGAGCUGUCCAGAGCGCCCCGCCCGCGGCCGAUGGAUGAACUCACAAAGACUGUGCUUGUGAUCGGUGUACGCCAGGAAGCGCGGGCUCAGGAGAAGCGGGAGAUAAGGGCGGGAACGUUUCCAUGGCAACAGCAUUCCUGAGAUGCCGAGGGAGCGUUCCCAGGCGGCGGAGCUGAUGGAAAUUGAUGGAGCGCGCGUGCGCGAAGUUUCAAACGCUAGUGAAGGCCGGAAAAGGGAGGGGAAGGAGUUGAAAACUACCAAGAAGUGUUUCCUCUGUCAGCGGCCAGGACAUUUUGCAAAGGUCUGUCCUCAAUGGAAAGCCUGGCAAGGCAUGAUGGGGGCUGCAGGCCACGACGAGAAGGGGGAGGAAGGGCCAGUGCAGGGAAACGACAAAGCCUGGCUGCCAACCAGCAGGGGCAGCAGCCAGGCCAGCAACCAAUAGAAGUGCCCCAGCCUGACCCUCCCAAGGCAGCUAUAGCCAUAGAAGUGGUGCUAGAACUCCCAAAUGGGCACCCAGUCAAAGUGGAGGGGCUGCUGGAUUCUGGCAGCUCGUGUAAUUUCUUCAGCAGAGACUUGCUCUGGAGCACCAGCUCCACCUGUUGCCACUAGAUUUUCCCUUGCAGGUGACCACCAUCGAUGGCAGGGAACUACUGGGAGGGGAAGUGACACACCAGACCCCGCCAAUGCGGAUGACUGUUUCCAGGCACCCGGAAACCAUUGCCUUUCACGUGGCCACGCUGACAGGACCCCCAAUAAUACUGGGAAUGAGCUGGCUGGCAACACAUGACCCAGUGGUGUCAUGGCAUCAGCGGUCGCUCACCUUUGGGUCAGCUUACUGCUUAGAACACUGUCUGGGAGGGAAGGAACCAAGAAUGACUGUGGCCAGGGUGGCUGGGGUGGCCCUGGAGGGAAAAGGGCAGGUGCCACCACAAUAUGCUGAUUUGAAGGAGGUCUUCAGCGAAAGGGAGGCAGACAGACUGCCCCCCCCACAGGCCAUUUGACUGCCAAAUCAACCUGCUUCCAGGGGCUCAGUUACCAGUGGGUAAGUGGGUAUGCCAUGUCCGACCGGGAGAUGCAGGAGUUGCGGCAGUUUAUUGACAAGAACCUGAAGAGAGGUUUCAUAAGGGAAUCCAAGGCGGUGGGGGGCAGACCAGUGGACAAAAAAGAGACUAAUCAGCCCAGAUUAGUCGUGGAUUACAGGGCCGUAAACCUGGUGUCAGAACCCGUGACUUUCCCAAUGCCCAGGAUUGACGAUAUUUUGACACGUGUGAGGCAGGGGAAGAUUUUUACCAAGCUGGACCUCAGGGGGGCAUACAAUCUGAUUAGGAUAAGGGAGGGGGACGAAUGGAAAACGACCAUGUUCACCCCCCUGGGGGCUUUUGAGUACUUAAUCAUGCCAUUUGGAUUACAAUCGGGGUCCGCCUGCUUUCAAGCCUACAUGCACCAUGUGUUGGGGCCCCUGCUGUACAAGAAUUGCGUAGCCUUUUUGGAUGACGUCUUAAUCUAUUCGGACAAUGAAACGCAACACGUCAGAGACGUCAGGGAGGUGCUACAGAAAUUGAAGAAGCAUCAGUUGUGGGUCAAGCUGGAAAAAUGCCAAUUCCACGCCAGGGAGGUCGAGUUCCUGGGGUACAGGUUGUCAGACAAACAACUGGCCAUGGAUCCAGGCAAGGUGAAGGCAGUGCUGGAAUGGAAGGCCCCCAAAAACAGAAAGGAUGUGCAGAGGUUCCUAGGCUUCAGCAACUUCUACAGGAAGUUCAUAAAGAACUUUGCUCACUUGACAGCACCCAUAACGGAUUGUCUUAGUAGCAAAAAGAAGUUUGCAUGGACAGAGGAUGCGCAACAAUCCUUUGAAAAACUGAAGAAGGCGUUCGCCUCGGAAGAGCAGCUCCUGCACGUGGAUCCGGAGAAGCCCAUGAGACUGGAGACAGAUGCGUCCGAUCGCGCGAUUGGAGCGGUACUUUUGCAACCCGGGUCCAAGGAGAACUGGAGACCGUGUGCCUUUUUCUCUAGGAAACUGAGCAAGUCGGAGCAAAACUACACGGUGUAUGACCGAGAACUGCUUGCGAUCUAUGCGGCAUUCCGGCAAUGGAGACAUCUCUUGAUAGGGGCGCGGCACAAGAUCCAGGUCCGAACUGACCACAAGAACUUGGAAUACUGGCGGACCGCGCGAGUGCUCAACCAGAGACAGAUCAGAUGGUCCCAGGAGUUCGCCAAGUUUUUCUUCGAGAUACGAUACGUGCCGGGAGGGGAAAACGUAAGGGCAGAUGCACUCUCCAGGAAACCGGAGUACAUGGAAGGAGAGGGGCCACCAGAGACCAGGCACGUGUUCCCCGAGGACUGGUGUGGGGGGGGGGAGCAUUGGUUGGGAAACGAGAAAUGGCAGGGCUCACCAGAGUUGGUCCAACAACUGCCAAGGACACCAGAUUGGGGAAGACUGUGUAAAGAAUGCUGAGCUAGAUGAAUGUAUUUUUUGACUCUGUAUAAGGUAGUUUUCUAUUGCUGCUGGUUAUGAGUCUCAUGCUCACACAAAUGAACAAACAACUUGUUUCAUAUUUGAUGCAGGAAUGCCUUAUUAAAGAAGAAAGAAAGUAAGCUGUGGUGCUUAGCCUAAAAAUCUAUAGUCUCUUGCUUAUAACAAAGAUUUUUAGGUAUCUGGUGGAAAGAGGAUUUGGGAGAACAAUUAGCUUUCUGAAAUGUAAUGCUUUCUGUCUACCAGCCUGACUUUCUUAGCAGCUGUACAUAUCCAGGCAUUCCAAAAUUCCAUUUUGCAACAUCUAGCAUGCUUUGGUAAGCAUUGUGGGUCCCAUCUGCUUCCAUUGUCUAUCAGCUACUGUUCAUUCUAGAUAUCUCACCAUGAGGUUUUAGCAGAUCCUAUUUGCUACUCCAUGCAUACGGUAUGGUUUAUUGUCUUAGCUAGCUAGUAAUCUUUGACAUUUGGGCAGUUGAUUCUGCUUUACAGAGCAGGUGAAAGUUUUUGAUAAAAUUAAAUUUGGCCAAGGUGUUGAUUCUUAAGCAUCAGCAGCUACAAGCCAAACUUCGGAAGAGUUGGCCAGCACUGGCAUUUCCACUUAACUGAGACACUGGAUCAUCAAAUAUGCACAAGCAGAUGGUUAGCCUCAUGUUAAUUACAGAACACAUUUGAGCCAAAUUCAGACAGAUAUUCGUGGUGAUUUGCAUAUGCAGACUUAAGAUUCCUUUUUCCAAUGGAAAAGCCCUUGAAUGAAUGACUUAUGCAGCCUACUGGAUAUUUCUGAUAAGGCCAUCAGUUCAGAACCAAUUAACACUUGGAAUAACUUCCUAUCACAGGGUUCUAGGCAGCAUUUUCUAUUUUAUUGAGAUAAGCAGAGGAGUACAACAUGUGACUUUGCAAUUGCUGUAGGUAGGUAUGUGUAAUGUAAAUUAACAAUUGGUUCUGUUAAACUUUUAUUUCUCUGGACAAAAGUAUCGUAUACAAAAAAGCACAUUUACUUAAACUCUACUUUCAGCUGCCCUUAUUUAUGAUCCUGCAAAUGUUCCCUAUAUAAGUAAUCUUACCUAUAGGUGAGUGUUCUUGGAGCAGUCUGUGCUAUCAAAGGAAGCUGUGGCCUGGAGGUUCUUACUUUUUAUGUCUCCAAAUGCCUAAAUCAGUUGUUCCAAAUUGCCGAUUUACUUAAAGGAUGAGUCCUGGGCUAUGUGUCCUGCUCUCAUUUGACUAGAGAGAGGCUGUUUGGAUGACCUUAAUUUUCUGAGGGUCCAUUGUGGGUUAUGUUCCUGAUUUUCAAAGCUGGAGAAACAGUUAUUGAACUGAGGCAACAGAGAGUUUUUGUAGCCUGUGAGUGACUAAUUUAGCAACUAAGGGAAAAUAAAAGAAUAAAAAAAUGUGGUGCUGUUCUAUAAAUGGAAUUCUUACAUACAUUUAAAAAUAGAGCUUCUUUGGGUUGCUUUUGAGGAAGUAGCAUAAUUGCAGAAUAGUGUGCCUCUCCUACUUGGUUAAGUUGCUGACGUAUUAAUGUAGUAUCAGAAAGAAGUUGUAUAGCUGUUCAGGAAAAAGGUCCUGUCAUGAUUAAGACAAUAUGCAGUGCUUUAAAACCAUAUGAACCUGAGAGGAAUUGCUGCUGGUUGGCUUGUACCUGCCACUUCUACUUGCUUGAUGCAUUGAGUAAAUAUAUGUUGAAAUUGGGCUAGCUAGUUCAGUUUGAGGUUAUCCACAGUAAAACCUAGGAACUGAUUACGUUCUCUGAAGUGGAAAUGUUAGGAUGUAUGUUGGGGUAGAAACAAUGUACUUAUUUCCUUAGGAUCCUGACUCUGUGUGAUCCUGAUUGUAUUUUUGUGAUAACAGCGGCAUGGUCUGAGAUAUUAAGAAGACAGAUCUCCAAGUUGUGGACCUAAGAUUUUCUGUGAUUAAGAAAUAAUCCAUUCUGGAGUAAUUUUUUGACUUUGCAUGCUCUCACUCAAUCCAAGACUCAUUAUGUGAACAGCCCUCUCUCAUGCAAGGAAGCCUUUGGGACACAUGUCUGAUAACUACUUAGUAUGUGGCUUAACUACUUGGUUUGUGGAAGGAAACUCUAUUUUUGAGCCUGUGCUCAUGUAGUAAAAUGGAUAUGUGGGCAUUCUUUACACAUGAUGGUGUAUAUUUGUACAAUAUUUGUGUACUCCUUUUCUGCUGUAAUAUUUCUCAAAGCAGUUCCCAAUAAUAGAACUGGAUUUAUAGACAGGUCAUGCUGCCUUGGCAAUUCCGAAUUGCAGGUGCUGUCAAUGGGAUCAUGUGAUUCCUUGUUCUGCCCCUCUCAAAGGUGGUGGUGACAAAGAGAGGUCCUAGUAGCAGAUGCUUUUCAGAGUCCUAGACUGAUACCUUUUGAGAGAGGAGACCACACACAUGUGCAUGCCUUGUAGUGUUCACCUCACCGUUCAUUGUAUUUUGUGGAGUAUCUAGAAUUCUGAAGUUGUGUGGCAGACCCUUUUUUUUUAAAAAGUAUUUUUAUUAAAGAUUUCUUGGUUUACAAAAGUAUGUGCAAUGUCUCUUUUUUCAAGUUACAUUUUCUUGAUCAGUUUCAUUUGUUGAGACAUUAGUGUUACAUUAGGAAGAAAAGGGGGAAAGAGGUGGAGGGGGAAUGGUGAGUGGGGUUGGGGUUGGGUGGCAAUGUUUCUAUUUUACUUAAUGUGUGUGGGGGGUUGUGUCAGCGUCACUUGUGCAGGUUCUCUUUGCUAUUUGCUUGUGUUCCUUUAGUGGUGAGAGAGGUUGGGGUUGGCCUAGAGUGUGAUUGUUUAUUUGUGAUUGGCUGUGGUGAACUUUGUUUUCAUGUGUGAGUGGGGUGGGUGGAUGUUUUGGAUCAGCUUAGCCAAAUUGAUUCAUAUGCUGUUGGUGGAUUCUUGUCGUUGUCUUGUUGGGCUGUGUAUGUGAUAAAGGGGAGCCAUACCGGGGUGAAGGCGUCAUCUUCUAUUUGUCCCCAUAUCAGUUUCAGUUUAUUGGUUAAUUUUUCUAGUAAGGCUGUUUCCCAUGCUAUUUGGUACCAUUGGUCCAUGUUUACUCCUGACAUGACUCUCCAGUGUCUGGUUAUGAUGUUUCUGGCUGCUGAGAGUAGGUGGGUUAUGAGUUCUUUGUGAUGUGUGGGCAUUAUUGUCUUGGAAGAGGCAGACCCUUUCUUCAUACCCUGCUUGAAACUUAACUUCAAUUCUGGGCGACAAUACAGGAUUUAUUCAGGUUUCUGAGCCCUGUUGGCUGGCUGGCUGUUUUUAUAAAAAAAAUUGUUUGCAUUAUUUGGAAGAAGUUGCUAAUGAAAGAAUUCUGUGUUUGCAAAAAGGCUGGCAUGUAGCUCAGUAUAAUGUGUGGCAUAGUGCGUCCUAGCAGCUGUUGCACCAUAAACUUAAAUAUGCUUACCCAUUGAAGGCCCAGGGGUAUUCUGUAUGCUUUUAUCGGCAUAGAGUUGAUACCUUUAGGGGUCAUGCUAAAAUAAAAUUAUUUAUCGUCAAUAGUGAAUGUUUAAUAAUGCAAUUUCUGGUACAGACCCAAACAUUCAAGAAGAAAUCUGCUGCCUUGUUCUCAGCAAAUUUCUCCAGCUGUAGCUGAAGUACCAUUGGUUCUGACAGUAAUCUUUUAGUGCUAGUAAUCACACACUCCACGCUAACAGUUUUUAUAGUAAUAGCCAGUGCUUGAGAAUCCAAAAGUAAUAAUUCAACUGAAAUAGUGUGAAAUGGAUUAGAUGCUGUCAAUUAUUUCAUGUGAAUAAUUUCAGGCAUUCAUUCGGCAGUGAAGGAAUGUCUGCUUAAGGGGUUUGAGGGUUUCUGUUUGUGUGUUCCUUUGUUUUGUAACUGACCCAGUAUUUUCUUAGGAGAGUUCAAGUACAUUUACCUAUACAAGCACAUGUGUAUGCAUGUGCUCGCAUAAGAAUUGGAUAGGACUGUAUCUAAAAAUACUGUCAUCUUAUUUAAUAUUUAACCAGUUUUCUAAACGUGCAGGCAGCCCUUUUCCCAAUAGGAUAGAAAAUGAAACUGAACUGAUUGUGGUGGCUACGUUUUUAGUGUUUUCUUCUGUAAUCCAAGUUUUAAAGAAAUGGCUUUGGUUACAUUUAUCUCAGUGCCUUAGAUAAAUCAGCAGCUUCUAUAUUUCAGUUUUUUAUGGUAAGUUGUUUUGGAAGUUGAAUGGAACCUUUUCCGGAAGUCCGUUCAACUUCCAAAACGUUCGGAAACCAAAGCGUGGCUUCUGAUUAGCUGCAGGAAGCUGCUGCAGCCAAUCGGAGGUAGCGGAAGCCCUGUCAGACGUUUGGGUUCCAAAGAACAUUCGCAAACCGGAGCACUCACUUCUGGGUUUGCAGCGCUUGGGAGCCAAAAUGUCCAAGUACUAAGGCAUUUGGGAUCCAAGCUACGACUGUAUAGCCAGGAAGGUGGCAUACAUACAGUGUGCUGUGCAUCAGGGGAAUAACAAAGUUAUGACAAGGGUGAUUAUACUUAAAGGUUUGCUUCCCCACACAGUCAUUUAGCAGGGGCAAAACUGAACUUUAUUUCGCCUGGGUCAAAGACCCAGUUUGGCACCCCAUGCACAUUUGCAUGCGUACACACACAGGUUGGGAGCCUCGAUGGUGCUUCUCUGGAGGCUUCAGCUGGGGCAAAAAACCUGGCUAGCCCCCCCCUCCCCCGGUAGCUAUGGCUCUGUCUUAAAUUGGGUCCAAUUAGUACACUUUCUUGUUCUCCAUCAACUCCCAUUUUCUCCUUGUGGCCUCUCAUUUUGAGUUAUAGCAGAUCCAUCCAAUACCAGUGUGGUGUGUUCAGGUCCAGUGCCACUGUGAUAACAGCAAGAGGAGUGUUAAAAUUUCUAAAGAAACACCAAAGUUCAAAAAGCUUGUAUUCUGCUCCCCCCGCCCCUUACUCACACACAUGCAUCUUUGGAUUCAAGCCAUAGUGAGUUCAGGCUGCAGGAGAGGGGCUUUUUGCUGGUGCCACCCAGGCUUUGGAACACCCUCCUGAAGUAAGUAAGACUGGUGCUAACACAAUCCUCAUCCCAGGGAGACUAUUGAACUCCUGAAUCCCUGCGUUGAGGCUGUUUGGAACAACCGAGGGGGAACAAGAUGAACCUUAAUCCGGAUAAGACAGAGGUCCUGUGGAAGGAAAAACAUACACUUUUGUAUGGAAAUUUGUAACUGAUUCUAGAAGGGGUUGCACUUCACCUGAACGAUCAAGUUCACAUUUUGUGAAUACUGCUAGAAUCCAUGCUAAAUGGGGAUGAUGAGGUGGCAGCCGUGGCUAGGGGUGCUUUUUCCAGUUUUGGCUGGUUUGUUAGCUGAAACUCUACCUGGAGAGAAUGGAUGUUGCCUCAGUUAUCUAUGCACAAGUGAGUAUCUAGGCUGGACAACUGCAAUGUACAUGAGGCUGCUUUUAAAAGUGGUUAAGAACCUUCAACUGGAACAAAUAAAAGUUGGUUGGGGCUGGGUGGUUAAAGCGCUUUACGCCUACAUUAUACCAUCUGCACUGUCCCAAUGUGUUUCUGAACCCAAAUUAAAGUGCUGGUGAUAAUCUUAAAAUCCCUAAUCAGUUUGGGACUGGGUUACCUACAGGACUGUGCAUGGGAUGGAACCUCUGAAUCUACCUUGUGGGCUCUGCUCAGGCUAGUUUCUUUCUUUUUACAGAUACCUGAAGGAAUUCCGCACAGAGCAGUGCCCACUCUUUGUACAGCACAAGUGUACUCAGCAUAGGCCCUAUACAUGCUUCCACUGGCACUUUGUCAACCAGCGUCGCCGCCGGUCUAUCCGCCGUCGGGAUGGCACCUUUAACUACAGUCCUGACAUUUACUGCACCAAAUACGAUGAGACCACAGGGAUCUGUCCAGAAGGAGAUGAGUAAGUUACUCAAGGCUGCAUCUAACUUGACCAGAUGGAGGUUCCAGCCUGCACUUUCAGAGAGGAGAGACUUCAACAAUUCAGCUUUUUAAAAAUCAUGCAGAAGAACCCAUGAAGAAAUGUGGAAACGCUGCAGUGGAAACUUGAACAAAAAAUUAAUUAUGAUUGCACCACACCUGUAUAUCCCCCCCCCCCCCCAAAUGAAGGCUGUAAUUCAAAGGUUUUUUUGCUCUGGAAUAAUCCUAGAGAAAUUAGUGAGGUUUAUUUUAAAAUUAAUGGCCUGAGGAUCGUUUCCUCGUUUUAUAUCCUUAUUUUACAAAGGAUACAAAUGGGGAAAAAGUGCUGGAUUUGACAACCGUGAGGACUAAAAAGAAUUUCUUGUUGGGCAGCAUGUUUCAGCCUUUGAGUUUCUACGAGCUCUCUUUUCCCCCCCUCCCCUGUAGGUGUCCAUUCCUGCAUAGAACUACUGGUGACACAGAACGUAGAUAUCACCUGCGCUACUACAAAACUGGAAUCUGCAUCCAUGAGACUGACUCGAAAGGAAACUGCACCAAGAACGGUCUCCACUGUGCUUUUGCUCAUGGGCCCCAUGACCUCCGCUCUCCAGUUUAUGAUAUCAGGUUAGUAGAGGAUGAAGUUCCUUGUCUGCAGAAGUAUGCUUGCUAAGCCAAAAUAGAACAGAUCACAGUACAAAAUGCUGCUGAAUGUGUAGUGUUUAGCAUCAGAAGUAUGAUGGUGUUCUGUUUUCUCUCUUCCUCCCCCCCUGCCCCCCCCUACACAAAAGAAUAUGUUAUAUACAAUCCUUUAAGGCCAUUUCCUGUGACUUUUUAUGCAUCACAAGGUGACUUGGGCAAGUAUCUUGGUGCCAGGAGCCCCACUAUUGUGAAUGGGUUUAAUAUAAGCCAGAUUAUUGCUAAGCCUCAGCCAUUGCCCUCACUAGACAUAAGAUAGUAAGGUGGCUAGGAAGAGGUUAAAUCUGCCCCCCCUCCAACUAUACCCCCCCAGGCAUAUCUCCACCACCAGGUGACUGUCAAAAUCACCUAUCAGUUUAAAGAAAGGGAUGGUAUGACUUUAAUUUCUUAGAACAAGAUUUGUAUAGACACAAGCAGCCUAAGUGUAUGUAAGAUUGGGUGAAACUGGACAUUGGCAGCAAACACUGGUCUAGGAAUUCUGGUCACCCCCAUACAUCUGUGAAACAGAGGGAGAGGACAUGAUUCGCAGGGAAGAUGCUAUGGUAUGGGAAUAUGCUCUGAGAAAAAACCCUUUUUUUCCUAUCCACAUUUCACCAUAGUCUACAACCACUUUAUCUGUUUUGUCCCACAAUGCAGCAGAUGCAUAUCUGAGUCCCAUGACUAGGGAGGGAGUUGCAGUGGGAAAGUGGCAGUAGGGGAAGGAUUAAUUACCCUUCCCCUGCCUGCUGCUUCUUCCCUGCAGAUCACGCCCUCCCCCAGCUGAUGUGUAGUUGUGUGUUACUGACUGGGGUUCCCAGCCCUGAGUCUGCAACCAAGUGUCUCUUUCAGUCCUUAGAGGUAAAUAUCAUUUCAUUAAAUGUAUGGGAGAGCAUGUUUAAAGAGAUGUUAACAUUAGACCUAAGGUAUUCUUUCCAAUAGUUCUGUAAGAUGAAAAUACUUAAGUUUAGGAAAUAGACAUUGUAUUUGUUCUAUUUAUGUUAUGGCUAUCGAAAGGGAAUAUGUGAAGCAUGCUAGGAGUUUACUUGAGUUUGUUUUGGGAGGUGGGGAGGAUGAAUUAUGCUAUAUUAACUUGCUGGAGGCACACCAGUUGAGAUUCAACCAGGAUCUUAUUUUACCUUCUUCAUGAAGCACCAUGCCCCUGCGUGCAAAUAAGUGUGUGUGUUGUAUAGGGGAUUAAUAGAACAACAGUGGAAAAUGGGCUGCAAUAAGUCUUGUAGGAGUUUUCUCCUAAAUAGCAGGAGGACAGAGUGCUCAUACAAAUCCUGAAUCUCUAAAAGUGGGCUUAGCAAAAAAAGAAAUAAAGAAUAAAUGUAUGGGAAUUCCUGCAUUGUGGCAACUCCUAUCUGGUAGACACACAUCUCUUUCUCUGAAUCUUCUCUGCCUGCCUAUUGUUCAUUUAACUCUGUUCCCUAAGGGAGCUUCAGGCCAUGGAAGCUUUGCAGAAUGGUCAGACUACAUCAGAGGGUGGCAUAGAGGGUCAGUCUGCAGUUGCCGCUAGCCAUGCUAUGAUAGAGAAAAUACUCAGUGAAGAGCCAAGGUGGCAAGGUGAGUUCCUUAGGGUCUUACAUAGGGCUGUCCAUUGUUCUUGGACUGCCCGCUCCUCCUAUCACAAGGUUCUUCAUGUAGGAAGCAAUAUGCUUGUCACCGUGAAUUAACCAGCCACACCUGUCUUCACAGACACAACAUAUGUUUUGGGAAACUACAAAACAGAACAAUGUAAGAAGCCCCCACGUCUCUGUCGCCAGGGUUAUGCCUGCCCUUACUACCAUAAUAGCAAAGAUAGAAGAAGGAGCCCCAGGAAACACAAAUACAGGUACAGUGCCUCAAGAUCUGGUGUUUUGGAAGGGACCAGUAGUUUUGAGUUUUCUUCAAACCUAUUGAACCCAUUUAUGUGAUUACUUCCUUUGUUAAAACAUGGAUUGUAGUAAAACAAAUGGUUCUGUUUAUUACAAGUGGGUCCCAAUCAAAUACUACUGUGUGUUCAAGGUUGCAGUUCUCAAGUCCAGGGGUGAGAACCGCAGGUGCAAGCACCAAAUGUGACCCUCCAGGCCUCUCUGUCCCAACCCUCAGGACUCUCCCUGUUACCCUAUUUCAGGCACCCCUCAAUGGCCCUGCUUUGCACCUUCCUCGAGUGCUUUUGCCUUGCUGGAAUGUGUCCUAGAGCUGUGAUAAUGCCUCCUACUUGCAUAGAUUGAGAAAUGCAUGUAGGUGUAUAGCCAUCUCUGACUUUUGCAUGGCUGGAAUAUAGCCUACUGCACAAAGGUAAGUCACAUCCAUUGAACUACCCACUUUUUGCUUCUGCCUACACAACUAGCAUGGAAACCUCAGAAAGUUGCCCAGGAGGAAAUGCAGCUGGAAAAGACUGGAAAAGGUUCUCCACCCCUGCAUUAGUCCAGUUGAAAGCAAUACAUUUCCUUCAAAGUUACGCUCUAAGGAUUAGUUCAGAUAUUGUUUUUGAGAGGAAUAAGGGCUGCUGGGUUGUGUGUAUACUUUUGGCAACUGUUAAUACUGAAAGUGAUCCUAAUUUUUAUAUUUAAGAAAAUGUUUUGGGGCAGUUUCUUAACACUGGUUACUUGUUUUUAUGCAACCUCUGAGUGUUCAGAAUGGUGAGAGCACCCUUAAUUUUUGUAGCUGGGGUAAGCUAUUUUGCUAUUUCUCACUGUUCAAGCAUCUAGAUACUAAAAAUGUGGGUUAUAAGCAAUAUAAUAUAAUAUAUAAUAUGGGUGAUGAGAACACUUUUUAAUCUUCUAGCUUAGAAAGUUUUGCUCUUUUAUUUUUCUCUGUUGUGAUUUUCUUGUCUUACAUCGUUUUGUUUGAUUAAUUUAUCGCCUUUUAUCAUACUUCAUUUUUUGUUGUAUUAAUAUGCCAUUCACCACUUUGGAGCAAGUUACUGUUGUUGUUAAUAAUAUUAGUAGUAGUGCUUAAAGGUAGUACUUGUUGAGACGAUAUAACUUCAAAAACUGGUGCCGGAAUUCUACUGCUGUUCUCUUCCUUCCUUUUUCCUUAUGUAUCAUGUCUAUUAGACUCUGUAUCUUUUGCUUUAUAGCAACAUAGAAUUUGCUUUAUAGCAACAUAGUGCUAGCACAGUUUUCAGAGUGGGAAUCUCUAGUUUUAAAGUCCUUCCUUGUGAAAAUUGUGUUACACAUUGAGACUUAAUACUUCAGAUAGAAAGGCCAUGUGAAAAGGUAUCUCUCUGAGAUACAGGUUUCCAUUAAACUCCCACACUUCAUGUUCAAACUGUAUUUCAAGUGUUGCUCAGUUUGUUACCUUGUCUCCUGCUGUUGUGUGCUUUCCUCUUCUGUGGGGGCCGAAGAAGACGACAGUCUUGAAACCCACCAGCUUCUGUCCUAAUUCAAUGUGACCUGAAAUCAUAUGUAUUUAGCUCUGCAUAAUGAAGUAAAACCUUUCACUGCCUUGGGAAAAGCUACAUUGCAGGUAGCUAAGGUAUUCAAUGUGCAGAAGUAAGUGGCAGGGAUACCUGGAAGCAGUAGACUGGGCAUCCCUGUUUGGGACAAUGAGAUAAGUUUAUUUGAUGGUACCGAGUUGGAAUUGGGUUACUUAUUCUAUACCAUUGCUGCCUUCUUUAUGCAGGUCAUCCCCAUGCCCCAGUGUGAAACAUGGAGAUGAGUGGGGAGAUCCCAGUAAGUGUGACAAUGGAGAUGCAUGCCAGUACUGUCACACCCGCACAGAACAACAAUUUCAUCCAGAGGUACAGUGAGCAACCCUUCCUGUUGGCUGCCUGGCUAGAUAAAUGGAGGGGCUCCAGGGUUUAUAUGUGCUGAUAAACAGUAACACUUCUAAUAAAAAGUACAAUAAGAACACUGGAAGAGAAAGAAUCCAAGGGGUCCUGAGGAGCUGAAAUUGCUUGAGAUCUUGGAUUCUUCACCCAUAAGUGCUCCUAUUGCCAUCUAGACAUGCUGGGAAGAAUGUUUCCUUGGACAUUGAGAGUACAGCUGGCAGGGGCUGCAGGAACCAAGGUGAGGGGCCAAAUGGGGCUUGAUGGUUGGAUGUAGGAGAGUGAGAAAAUAUGGAGUGGAAGCCUAGAAGACACAAGAGGCUGAGGGAGGUGCAUGAGAUCUAAGUAGUACCCUGAAGGGUUAGGCUGACUCCUUGUCUUGUUUUUCUGAAUUUGAGACAUAAUUCGUCCAAAAUGCGAAAAAAGAAUUUUUACUGUCUUAUAAGGUAUUCAGAGCAAAGUCAGAACAGUGAUGGGGAACUAAAUGUCAUGAAGGCUUUCAAAGUUGGAACAGAAGGUGUGAUGAAUUUGGGAACUGACACCUUCCUCCUGUGCAUACAAGGACAGCAGAGUUAGUCUUAGUGUACACAACCCUUAUCAUAAGAAGACCAUGUGUUUUCUAACAACAUUUGAUGUUACUGUUGGGACAUGGCUGCCCUGUCUAUCAGCAGGAUCCUUUCAAACUCUAGUUAAACAUAGUUAAAGCAGUUCAACUAUGGUUCCUUUCCUCUUUCCCCAGAGACUGCUGUUCUGGCAGCAUUGGGUGGUAGGGGAUUUGGGAGUGAUUCCCAUGGAUCCAUAUACACAUGGAAACACUUCUCCUGAAUGGAUACUAUACACUUCUUUUGCUCAAAUGUUUCCAUGUGAUCUGAUUCUGGAUCCUUAGAUAGAGCCAGUGUAUGCACAGGACCAUCAUUCAGUAAGUUCCAAGAGUCAUUAAAGCUGCAGUCCUAUACACACUUAUAUGGGAGUAAAUCCACCCAAACUUUUGAGUAGACGUGCAAAAUAUUGUGAUGAAGUUCUAAUCAACUGUAUUAAUUAUCAAUGGUAAUAAUGCUAAAAGUAAUUCUGUGAAUGUCAAAUAUAAUUUGGGAUCAGAGUUAUAUGUAAAGCAUAACUGAGGCACAUCAAACUCAGUUGCAUUUCUUGGUAUAGUUCUAUUUUUUUAAAAAAAAUCAUUAUAGAUAACUAUGUGUGCUCACUUGCAUCACAUUUUGUGCUUCCUCCCCCCAGAUCUACAAAUCAACAAAAUGUAAUGACAUGCAACAGUCUGGCAGCUGCCCCCGAGGACCCUUCUGUGCCUUUGCACAUGUAGAACGUAGGUGGUCUUAUCUUUAUCUAGCAAUAAAGUGUAAGCUGUGAGAGAAGUGUCAUCCUGGGUUCAAAGUGGGACUUCAUUUGCUGGAUCAAGCAAAAUUCAAAACAAAUUACGCCCCUCCCCUCAGCAAGUCAUGGGAAAGAAUUCAAAAAUAAAUAUUCCAGUGGAUUUUAUUUUGUGUGUUGUAUCUUUUACUUUGGAAAAGACGCUUUAGCCACCAGAUGGUGUGCGCUCUAAUUGCAUUUCCUCAAAAUUAAGUGACACCCAGUGGCCACUCAAGGUAUUGUACAGUUUUAAGUUUUGCUGUGGGCAUUUUGGGCUGCUGGUUUGUAAUUUGCCUGCCUGAGGCUGUGAACACACAAUUUCUUUCUGCGGAGCGAAGGAAAGAACUCAUCUGUUGUAGUAUUUGACCUGAUCCUUUCAUGAAGGAGUUUUCUGCUUUUGAGAUUUCUUUUUAAGAAGCCAGAUCAAUGUGGCACAGAUCACUUGGUUGGAGUCUUAGAAAUGAUGGGCAAGAAUUUUUGGACACUUGAUCAAGACAUAUUUCAUAGAGGGAGGAGCAGUGAUAGGAUUUUCCUCUUCAGCAAGGCACUGGUGAGUAUGGAUGGGGGGGAUCUGUGACUCCCCAGGUGCUGUUGGACUUCAACUCCCAGCCUGGUCAGUGGUUGUGAAUGAUGGGAGUUGUUAUUCAACCACGUCUAGUGGGGCACAGAUUCACCACCCCUGCUGUAGCUCAAUACUGGCAUUAAAAGUGAAACAAGCAGUGUCUUGCCCUAACCUGAAAUAUGUAAGAAGAAAGCUGAAAUGGUUUUUGAACUACCCACCCUCUGCAAAUCACUUUGGAGGAAUGAAGGUGAAGCCACCUCCACAAAUCCAGUCUGAAUCAGUGAAGGUCCUCUCCAUUCAACCCUAACCCUAACCCUAACCCCACCCAGAUCUUGUCUGCUGAGCUGAAGACUGGAUCUACUUCAUAUUCUUUCCCUUCCAGGUGCCCCAGACAUUUCAGGGUGGGCUUGCCACGCAGAUUCAGAACAACUGUUAACAGCUCUUGUUUCUCCAUACAUAACAUAUUCUGCCAUAUGAAUUGUCUAGUUUGCUCUAUUGGGAACAUGGGAUCUUUCCGUACGUAAAAAAAUCAAUUCUAGUGUUCUGAAAUCAAAUCAGUAUACUAAGGUCUUUCUGUCUCCAUUCCAAAACAGAGGGAUAACAACUGGGAAAGGGCUAUUGCCUUUAGGCAUCACAUCAUGGGCGUAGCCAGGAUUUAUUUCAGGGAGGCAGACUUUAUGUUGCGGGGGGGGCAGAACCAAGUUAUCUGCAACACAAUUGUUUUUAUUUAUUUAUUUACUUACUUUGGGUGGGACAGCCGCCCCCCCGGCUCCCUGGCUACAGCCAUGCCUCACACCUGGGCUUUCCAGAAGUAUAUGGUUGGACAUAGUUGGAAAUAGAAUGCUAGACUGUGUAAACAGUUGGUCUGAUCCAAGAGGGUUGUUGUUAUAGUCUUACGUUCUUCAGGCUAUGAUUCUAAGCAAGCAUACGAAAGAAAACAUCAUUGAAAUUGUAAGCUUGCUUACCUAGUAAAUAUCCUUAGAAUUGGAGUGUUAGUCAUCACCGUCAAGGUAUUCUUAGCCAUCAUUGAACAUUAGAGGUGGAAACCCUGAUUCAGUAGGUCUUUUGAAUGAAUAGUUACAUCUGUCAUUGCUUUAAGAGUGUAAUUUAUAAUUUUAGGAAAAGCUAAGACACUCAAGGCAACAAACCAAACAUUUAUCAACUUUGUCUUAUGAAAACUUUCUGUUAUUUCUGUGCUGGUAUGAGGAUUGCUGCAAAUAGAUACGGAUCUAUGGAACCUCUGCACUUAGGAGAGCCAUAAGAUCCAUUUUCAUUUUUCUGCAUACAUUGUGUCAUGUUUUUGUUUUGCAUUUCUUACAGAACCUCCACUUAAUGAAGAGUUACAAUCAACAUCCUCUGUUUCCAGUCCUACACAAACAGGCCCUGUAAUGUAUAUGCCCUCGGCAGCAGGCGAUUCUGUUCCCGUUAGCCCUUCUAGUCCACAAGCCCCAGACCUUAGCAAUGUACGUAGAAAUUUUGAAAGUUCUUCACUUUGUAGGUUUUUACUGCAGACUUCUCUAAAUAUGAAUGGCUUCUAGAAGAAGAAGCUGACCCCUCGGACUCAAUUACAUUGCGUUAAGGAAAUGGUGCCUAUAUUUUCCCCAUAAAAUUUACUUUGAAUUUGUGGGGGUUGGCAGAGCACUGGGAUGCAAAACAGGUUUCCAUCUGUGAGCUGAGAUUUUGAAGGAACAUAGUGGCAUGGGUUUAAAUCACAACUGCCACUUUCAAACUGGAUUAGACAAGCUGAGCUGCUUUAAAUUUACUUGGAAGUCAUUUUCAAGCUGCCAUAUGGAGCAGCCCAAGGCUUUUCUGUGAAAUUUAAUACUGUUGUAAUGCUCCCUGCUUAGAAUUUGUCCCAUUUGGGAAGUACUCUUUCUUCAUCUGAAAAUGACUGCUUCUAGAACACCUAUUCAAAUCAUUAAAAUGUUUGCAUGGUUUUGCUUUUCUCCUCUUGAAUAAAGUGCUCCAAGCAUAAAAGGGAAAGUUCAGUCUCUUGUUGUGGGUGCUGAGCUCUCUUGUAUAGGUCUCAUCUGAAUUGCUUACCUUGUGAAUAGUGGCAGCUGCUCCUAACUAAAUGUUUGGGAAUACAGCCUUGGAGUUUGUGUACUAUGAUAUGUUUGAAGAAUUUAACCUGGGGUAGUUGCCCUCUGUUUUCAUGUUAAGCUAAAAUUAAGCUGUAGUUAUCCCUUGGGAGAGUCUUGCAUAUUUCUAGUGAAUCAUAUCAAGUCACUGUUUAGAAGUAGACAUCCUGCUGUCUAGUGGCAAGCUCACACUCUCACCUUUUGGCGAGCAAAUUGUAAUGUCUCCUUCCAAAUCCACCUGCUUUUGUCAUACUGAAGCACCCUUUGUCUGUUGUUACUUCAGCCUGCUCAGCUGUGUAUGUAGGCUGCAAGCCGAGUGAAUGAUGUUUUAAUUAUGCCUAUUACGUAUGACUGAUUAAAGCUAAAUAAAUUGCUCAUCCCACAUAUUCUGUGUUAUGUCUUUGUCUUUGACUGUAGGUAUGGAAUAAACCAGGAACUCUGCCAACUAGCCCCACUUCUACUACAGUAAGUAUCUACUCUAACUGGGGAGAGAGAGCAUUAGAGAACCUGUGCUGGUUGAAUGAAAAUUGUCAUUGUAAGAGGCUCCCAAGAGUCCCCUCUUCCUUAAUUCAAGCCUCAUCUGUUUUACAUUUCGAAACAGUUGUUAUGUAUGCCACAGUCCUGUAUGUUUGCAGAUCAGUAGCUCCCAGCCAACAUGGCUUGUUAUACCUCCACUGUUGGGAGACAGUAUGCUUCCAAAUACCAGUUGCUGGGAAUUGCAGAUAGGCAGAAUACUGUUGUGCUCAUAUCCUGCUUGCAGGCUUCCCACGGGCAUCUGGUUGUCCACUGUGAGAGCAGGAUGUUGUGCCAAAUGGACCAUUGACCUGAUCCAGCAGGCUCUUCCAAUGUCCUUACGGUCAGAGUAUGGCGUUGGGCACAUAAUUUAGAUUCCCUAAAAGUUUCUAGUCCUUAUGAUUAUGAAUAUGCACAUAAACAUGUCCUAGCAACUCAAGUACAGAAUUCCUGGCAAAGCACUCGGCUAUUAAACAUUUUGUCCUGAAGAUACUCUCCUUUUCUUUUGUCCAUGGUUCUUUAACAAAGCAAUCUUGAAUGGCUGCAUAUGUAAAAAACAAAGCUGAGUGGCUUCUGAUAAUUUGGAAGUUCUCCGUCCCAGUUGUGCAUAAAUACUAAAGAACUCUCAUUUUUCUCAUUGUUGUGAUGGGUCCAUUAACCAUAGUUGUUUAUGACAGGGAAGGGUGGGAAGCCCCCAAUAAGAGUGAUGCAAUCAAACAUUUCAAAAAAAGUUUUAAGAUGCUUUCAAUUCUGUACUUGUAAGCUGCCUUAAGCAUUUUUCUACGGAAAGGUAGGGUGUAAAUAUUUUAAUAAAUGAAAACAUUAAAAAAUAUUUAUCAGUUUAGGUCAAGGAAGAAUGGAACACGUGGUUCAUAUGGGGCUGUAAAUAUGUAGGAAAACUGAAACAAAGAAUUUGGGUUAUGGGAAUAAGAGUAAGAAGCUGCACUGAGUGAAAAUAUUCAGCACUAUGAUCACUAUGAACCACUUCCCAACCACCUCUGUUUUCUGAAGCAUGGACUGACUUCACAUUUUUAAUACUUUUUUUCUUUUAAACUUGAAGCAUAGAAUUUUAGGAUUCUGAAGAAGCAACAAGGUUUUGCACUAGAAAUAUGUAUUCUGCUAUGGGAUUAUGUUGGCUGUGCUGGUUUCUAAAUCUCACUUGAGAGAGCAUGAAGAACUUGUGAGCUGAGUGAGAAGAAUAUGAGAUUGUCUCUGGGAUCAAGAUACGGUUGUGCAUUUCUGAGACGCUAAAGCACGAAAACUUGUGAUUUAUGUUCCCAGUUGACCUAGCUGAAGCUAAGAACUUAGUUAUCUGGAGGUUUUUCCAUCAAAGGCCAUCUGCAGUAGUGCAAGACAGAAUGUUACAAUCCUAGGAAUCUGUAACUGCACACUAUAUGAGUUCCUCUCAAGUUGUGACCUGUGCUGUUUUUUCUUCCUUCUUCCUUUAGAUUCUCUGUAGGAAUAGCAGUCUUGGAAGCCCAUCUAAUAUAUGUGGGUCUCCUCCUGGUGCCAUUGGAAAACCCCAUAGUUUGGAAAGCAUUGGCUUUCCCACAGAUUCAGUAACUGCAGCCAGCAGCUACAAGAAGGCACCAGGAUUUGAGCGGGAAGACUUGGUUGGAGCAGAGUACCUAAAGAAUUUCAAAUGCCAGGUAGGUGGGGAAUACAGGGAAAGGGGACCUAAGGGUUUCAUAUUGGCUUUGGAACCAACUGCCAAAACCACUGCAAUAUGUUGGUGAAACAUCUUGGUAUUUCCCUAAGCUACAAAAUUGGCACUAGACAAGCAAGGCACAAGGGCUCCUGGUAUUGUGAUACAUAAUCAAGUAAUCCAAAGAAAGAAUCUGAAGCAAACUUUACAUAUUUUUUUGCAUACCACAAAAUCAGCCACCUGGAACUUUCUAUUGGGCUAGUCUAGAGACACAUUUCUUGAAACAUUUUUUUCCAGGCAAGGACCCGAGUAAGAGUUCCUUGGCAUAAAGAAAAUUAAUAUCCUUGCUGUCUGUGUUAUUGCACUUAUCACGGUAUAUUUUUAGCCUAAAGGGAUUAUUUUUCUUCCUGAAAAAAUAUCUGAAGAAGUGUACAUGCACAUGAAAGCUUAUACCCAGAACAAACUUAGUUGGUCUCUAAGGUGCUACUGGACUAUUUUUUUAUUUAUUUCGACUGCGUCAGACCAACACGGCUACCUACCUGAAUCCCUGAAAAAAGGCAUUUAGAAUAUAACUGCAAUGAUACUUAAAAUGGACAUAUCUGAAUAUUUUCAUGAAGAUAUAAAAUAAACUCAUGCUUGCAGAGAAGCCACUGGGAAUUUAACAGCAACAACAAAUUUUAUUAUAGUCGCAGACCAGCAUAACUGGGACUUUAACAUUUAUUCUGGAGUAUUUAUGGAGUAGGAUUUUUCUUACCAACUUUUCCUUAAAUGCCCAUUUUUUUCUUUACCAGACAUAGAUUAAGAAAACAUUCCACACUUUCUUUUCAUUGUUAAUCUCACCACAUGAGUACAGAAAGAUCACAGUGGAGUACAAAGAUUACAGGGCAAUCAUAUGCAUGUUUAAAACUUGGAAAGUUUAUUUCAUUUAUUUCAAUUGGAUUUACAUCCAGGUUAUCAGUACCAUAUGUGCUGGGAAUCCCCACUACCACCACCAUUUAUUGUCUAAUACUUUUUUCCUUGUCUAAUGGGCUCUGAACUUUCUGGGAGCAGCCAAAUAGAGAAAGUUUUGUUAGAAUCCCAUAGCCCUCUCAAAUGCUUGAAGUCAGCAAUUUCACAUUUGUAUACUCCCCCUCCACUCGUCUUUCUUUUUGUUCUGUUUACUGCAGCAGGCAAAGAUUAAAUCCCAUUCCUUGGAACAUAGAACCCAAGAACAGCCUCUGUUACAACCAAAACAGGUAUGUUACCCCAAGUUGGCCCUAGACUAUUCCUGUGUGUUUAUGCCAUCUCAUCCAUAGCUUCCAAGCCUACUUGUGGAUGCUGGAUGAUGUAUGGGUGGGUGGUGGUAUUUUCCUAAGAGUUUUUUUUUUUUAAUAGUCUCUAACAAAUGUAUAUUCAGGUAUGUGCAAAUGCUGAGGCUGUGCAUGUAGAGGAGCAUCCAAAUUAGAAAUCUAAAUAUGAAUUCAGCUGCAGAGAUAAUUAAAGAAAGGGUUUAGUACAGCUCAUUGAUCCUUAUUCUGAUAAAAUUGCACACAAUUAUGAUUAUAUGAUGCCGCUGAUAAUGUAUGAGAUGUGUUCUAAAAGAAUCAAAGUUGUCCUUCAUAACUGUAGCAUACAUUUGUUUUGACAUUGCGUUGUAUAUGAAAACUACUGUGAAUUGCCCUGAAUGUAUGUUGAUAUAGAAGUAUCUGGUAUAAAUUAUAUAUAUAUAUAGAGAGAGAGAGUUCUCUUUCCCAAGGGAAAUGAGGAAGAGAGCCUGUUAUGUGCUUUUCAAGGCUCAGAUUCUACUCGUGAGUCUUGAAAAGUAGAUAGAGCUGGAAGAGAAAGCAGGAAAGGGUGCCAUUCUUUCAACUUCCUCCUUCAGAACUAUUUACUUUUUUGGGAGGGGGGCAGCAAAAGUUACCACCCUCUCCAUCUCAUGAUGGAAGGGUAAGUAGGAGAGGAGGCUUUAUGGGCACCAGGGAAAGUCCUCAAGAGUUCUGUUGUGCACAUGAGCACCAUGUUGGCACCCCCAGAGCUAGGGAUUUGCUCAUACACUUUUUAAAUUGCAUGCUGAGAGUGAAUUAUUCAGUGUUUAAAUAUAUGUUUCCCUCUUUCAGGAUAUAUUGGGGAUUCUUCCUGUUGGCAGCCCACUGACAUCUAGCAUCUCUUCUAGUAUCACUUCUAGUUUGGCAGCAACACCGCCAAGUCCAGCAGGCACAAGCAGUGUCCCUGGCAUGAAUGCAAAUGCCCUUCCAUUCUACCCGACCAGUGACACAGUGGAGUCUGUGAUAGGUAAUACUGCCUAUACUCAUGGGGGCCAGCUCUGAAAGGGAAUAUAAUCAGCCUGGGAAAUAGGAGCAUGUUGUAGAUCUAGAUACCUGGGGAGUUUUGCAGAAUCCCAUCUUUCUUUUAGAGGCGGCUAAUAUGACAUACACAGUCUUCCAUGCAUCAUAAUUUCAGCUCUGAAUUAUAUAAAAAUGUGUCAAUAUGGUGAAUUGGAUAUUAUGAUUGCUCUGAAUUUUUUGUGUAGUGAAAUUGAUGUCUUGUUUGCUAUCCUUCAUCUUACUCUAUGCUUGCUAAAUUUACAGAUCACAAAUUUGGCCCAAAGUGCUACUGUAUUGGGCCAGUCCAGGACUCUAUUUAAUUCAUGUGACAGGUGUAAUUUGUGGUUGAGCAACUGUUUUCAUAAAUAUUACAAGGAUGAAACUCUGAUCUGUACACAUCAAGCAGAAGUCCAUAGCCAGUCUGUGCCUUAGGUGAAGAUUUAAAAGGACCUUGUUUAUACUUCCCUUCAAGGGUGUGGCAUGUCACCGUGUUUUAAUCUUCUGAUUUCCCAAGGAGAUUAAUAGCACAUAUUGUGCAGAGCAGGCAUUUCCCUUUUUAUUUUCUCCUCAGGCACAACUUUAUUAUUUUUUAUUAUUUCUAAACGGAGGAUAUAUAGUGUUGCUUCAUGUUGGCCUCUCAUUGUCCAGAUAUCUUAUGAUGAUUGCUAAUGGUUAACGUUCUAUAACAGUGCUGUGCUGCCACCCUCCCAGGAGGAGCACCAUUGCUGCUUACUGGGAUGGUGCAGGGGCAGCAUGGAGCAGGAUCAGGGCUCGGAUUGGCUCUGCCAGUUCACCCUUCCAACCCCAACCUCACUGCUACCCUGCCCAUCCCAGAAGGCAACACUGAUGUUGCUCCCAGAAGGGCAACAGAGUGACCCUGCCCCAGCCACUUCUGCCUGGAAUGAUAAAAAACCAAAAGAGAAUUCCUGGCUUUGAAAUGAAAAGUUUGCAGUAGUGUGGUGGAGGACAGGAAGGGCAACUUCUUUAGCCCCAAACAGGCUCUUGUUACACAUUUUAAUAGGCAUCCUGUGGGGAAUUGCAGUCUUUUUUUGUGAAAGGCUCGAAAAGCAACCUUUUGGAAAAACGCCAAACCACAAUACAGGCUUUGGAGGAAAAAGGGGCUGGGGAGCAACCAUUUCUAUACAGAAAACUGUGAUCUAUUUUAUGGUCCCCAUUUCUGAAGUAACAUGAAUAUCAUGAAUAUAACACAUGCCAUACUUUUCUUUGAGAGACAACGUUAAUGGGGCAUAUUUGCUGGACAUAGUAAAUUGGCUAGAAAUGACACUUGGGAAGAACCUGUGGAGGCUUGCUUCAUCUCAUCCCAACUGGCAAUGCCCAUGCUAUGUAUCGCUGAUCCAUUGUUGGGACACUGCUGGCUAUAGCCUGCUUCCUAGGGUAUGCUAAUCCAUCCCCUUUCCCCGAUGCCCCUCACCUGACUGCUGCACUCGACCCCCUUCUUUCCACUGCCAUACCUGCACCUCAUUCCUACUGCCCAUCUCCUCCUCCACUGAAUUGCAACCCAAGUCACUGCUCCACUGUGGAAUUCCUAAAAGAGGGAAAUUCCAAUCACCAUGCAUCAUGGAUACCCAGGUUACUAGGUGACUGGGAUGGGCACCCUUCAUUCAAGCUGUCCUUGGAUGUAUUUCUUCCCAAAGUCAAGCUGUACAGCAGGUGUCACUGGAUGAUCUGUUUUGCAUUGCUGUUUAUUUCUGGUGUCAAUCUGUGGGAAAGAAUCUGAUGCUGAAAGCUUUUAGGGCUCAAAAACAAUAGAAAGUGAUAUGAAAAGCUGCCUUGUUUAGACAACUGUUGACUAAUGGCAGUAUUGUACAGUGGGGAGCAGGGCCCUAUAGAUCCUCCUGUCCAGAGCAGUGUCAUCUCUGCAUGUAGGCUCUUUGGGCUUCCCUAUCCCUUGAAGUUGUUGGUCCUUUUUGUAUUAUAUAAUUGGUGCCUCUGUCUGGCAGAGUCUGCCUUGGAUGACCUGGACCUGAACGAAUUCGGAGUGGCUGCCCUGGAGAAGACAUUUGACAGCAGCUCGGUGCCCCACACGAGUGGCAUCAUGAUAGGUACAUGAAAGCAACAGAGCUUUCUUUGAUCUUCUGCCAAGCAGGGUUCGCCCCAUCAGCUGGCUGAAGCAGCCUAACAAGCUCUCAAAACCAGUCCUAACAUUAUAUGUUGGUUUGCAGCCAAUGGGAGACCUUGGAGCAAAAGGGCUCUCAUUGACUAGCAGAUUGGAAAUUUAUUCCACUGGUUUCAGAUGUCCCAGUUAUGUUUAUGAAAUUGACAUGGCUUAUUUGACACACUAAACAUGUUUAUGAAAUUAUGACAUGAACAUUUCACGGAGGGGGGCGGGAAGUCAUUUUAAAAUAAUGAGAAACAAAUUGGAUUGUUUUCACUGUUCUGCUGUCACAGGACCAUGGCAAGACAUUAUCGCCACACAUUGACAAACUACCGCAUAUGUAUCUCAUCAUUUGUAUGUGGUCAUUUCAAACCAGCGUCCAUUUUGUGUGUGUGUCUGGUUGUUCAGGUGAAAAUAGUCCUUACAACCUUGGUCCCCUAUUGUAAGAAUCCCAUAAUGCAUUUACACAGGUUGUUGUUUUUUUGUGAACUAAGCCACAUGCAAAUUGGUCGGUGCGUGACUCGCUAUUUCCGCUCAUGCUGUCUGAACUCUGUCUCUGAAUGGCAUAGCCAUCAGCUUAAACCUGAUCCUCCAUGGUGCCAGUUGUUGUAUGUUGCAGACCAUUGCAGAAUGCUCCGCAAUGGCCUUCCAUCAAUACACAAUUCUAUUUCACCACAUCCUACCCUCAGUAUUGGUUCAGAUUUGAGCAGUAGCACAAAUCAGAAUGAUUUUCCACAUACCCAAGUGAUCAAGUCUGCUUUCACAAAAACCAAAGAGGUAGAAUUCAGCAUGAGACAAUUCUGCACUGGUAUUGUGCCUAUGCUUAUUCUGGCUAAAACAAUUUGGAAGUGGGUGCUGUUUACGGUGCAGACAUCACAAUUCAAGAUAGGAGUCAAAAUAGGGUCCAAAUAAGGCUUUUCAUGCAACGUAGACACAGUGUUGGUUCCCGUGAAGGUAACUGCCCUUUUAAUGAUGGUUGCAAAGACUGUGCUCCUCAGAUUAUCAGUAAACUGAUUGAGGACUCUAGUUUUGUGGGCAGCACCUUGUAUCACAGUCCUCCUGAGUCGACUUAGAAUAAUACCUUGGUUACUUCUAUUGUAACUCUGCCUAGGUUAGAAGGAGGAUGGAGAGUUCUAUGGAAUGUAAGAGUCCCUCCCUUGGCCAUCCUAGAAGCACUCUAAUUUCUGAAUCUAAUUUCUGAACAGGUGCUGCUGUGCAUUUUCAAGCUUUAUAAACAUGAGGGGUAAAAACUUGAGUUUUCAAAGAAUGAAACCUGAGAUUCUUAUUAUUCUGAGAACAUUAGCAAAUCCCAUGCUACUGAGUUGGAUUCCUCUGAGCUCCUCUGUUGUUCAAAUUGGGAGGUGAUUUCCCCCAUUCUCUUUCCUGUAGAUCUAGCAGAAAUAAUUAUGGUGUUGAAAUUUAAUGAUCUGAUCUUCUCAGACAUCUUUUUACUGAAGAGUAUAGUUUUUUACAGGUGUAUUAAAAAUGAAGGUUGUCAUUUGCCCCAUUGAAUUUGUGGCUUCUCCCUUGACUUUGAAUAUUGAGAAACGGCCCCAUUUGCUGUUGCUUAAGUGAUAUUAAGAACAUAACUUUCAUCCCUAAUAUUGGGGUGGGGGAGGGAUUUGAACUUACAGAAAUAUUUUUGGCAGGAUAUGUAAUGUGAUGGGGAAAUAUAUUUUUAACUAGUACAAUAGCCCUUGGAAAUGUAGUUGCUUAAUCCAUGUGAUAUGAUGGACACAUGUUUUUUUGUUCCUGUGAAAAGAGUCUUAAAGAUGCCCAUUAUCACCAUUGCUGGCCACUUCUUUGUUUUAGAGAAAUGCAGCCUCUUGCACUAAUAAACAGUGGAGAUAGUGCAAAAGCAAUUUAGUUUAAACAUGCAUAAUAUGAAUUAGUGUAUUGUCAUUGUGGAGAGACAGAUGAAAAAAGCUGUCUAAAUGUCUCUCUUGACAGUCCCUUAAACUCUUAAAUGACCCCCUUGUAUGCUGGAGUACAGCUGACACUGUCCAUACGUCCUAUUUUGCACAGUUAACACCCAAGAAAGUUGCUACUGUACCUUCCUCGGCCAGAGGAAAAGUUCUCCUAAUGCUCUUUCUGAAGGUAAAGAGGGAUGGAAAGUGGAGAAAAACCCCGGACUCCCCCGUCCUUUACUGGUGCAGAGAGUGAAGCAAACACCUGCUGUUCAAAUUCCUGUGCUGUGCUUCCACUCAUAACUCAUGGCUUCUACAUUCCCAUCCUUUCUGUGUGUUCUUUGUCCAGGUGGGAGUUUGCUGCAAAGUUCUGCUCCUGUAAAUAUCCCUGGGUCCCUUGGAAGUUCUGCCUCCUUUCACUCUGCCUCUCCUUCUCCACCGGUCAGCUUAUCAUCGCAUUUCCUCCAUCAGCCCCAGGGACACUUAAGCCAAUCAGAAAACACAUUCCUGGGGACAUCAGCUUCUCAUGGAUCAUUAGGUAAAUGCCCAGUGCGUAUGUGAGAGUGUGCAUGUGAACAUGUACAUACCUGUCUAUACCAUGUAAGUAUUUUCCUUUUAUCUUAGCUUUCAUUUAAAUGUCCUCAUUUUGUGUUGCCACCUAACAUAUCUUGUGCCCAAUGCCUAUCAGAUGAGGAAGAAUUCACUAAGCCUAAGGACAUCUCAGAAAGAAUUUCCCCGCACAAAAUAACCAAACAACAGAUGAGUUAAAAUAGUUUGGGAUACCCAUACAACAAAGAGCAAAUGUAGCAAAACACAUUAGGAAAAGUUAAGCAAAUUCCAAAUGUGUAAGGAUGACCCAAGAGUUAAAUUCACAGAAGGUAGACUUUCUGCAGCUAAGAGAAGGAGGCAAAUAGUCUCAACAGUAGCUCAAUAGAUGGAUAAGCAUGUAUUAACCACAGCAGUAGCGUCUCAUCAACAGAGUUGCUUCUGUUUACCAGGAGAGGGAAGGGUAGAGGUGAAGUGGUGAAGUCAGGGCUGUGUGAACACACCAGCAGGAGCACUGGUUUGGCCCAACCAAUUUGUCUGCACAAAUCUUACUACCACCUCACUUCUCCUGGCAAACAGCACUGACUCUGCUGCUCAGAGGCUGCCGUGGCUCCAUCCCACUGGGCAAGACACUCCUGCGUUAUAAAGUAUUAACAAUCAUAGAAAAAGGUUCAAAUAUGUGAUACCAUUAGCAAUGAGCUUCUGAUGCACUUGGAAUAGUUGACUUUUUCAGGUUUAGACCUCUUAGUCAUACCUGGUCAGUAAUAGCUAACAGACAUGAGCUCUGAAAAUCAGAUACUUGCAAGCCUACCAGAAGCUAAAUAUUUUAUCUCUUCCUAAACAGUUUCCAAAAUACUCCUGGGGUUGUAUCCAAAACAUUUUCACUUGUACAAUGCGACUUCUCCCCACCCCCUUUGUUCCCUAAAUCUGUUCUAGGGGUUUCCUCAACCCUCCAGAGUAGAUUUAGGGAGCAGAGAGACAGGGGACGUCUCAUUGUGUAAGCAGAAAUCCUUGCACUGAUUGAAUGUGUUGGUUGGAUGUCAGUCACCCUUGACAUUCAAAGUAUAGAAAGGGCUCAGUUCGAUGUGUAACAGACCUAACUUGAAUGAUGCUCCUUUAAAUCAUGAAAGCUGUGCAGUGAUGGGAGGACCUUUGAGUUUGCUCAAAGUUCCUUCCAUUACCAUUACACAGCCCCACAACUGGAUCUCUAACUGCAAAGAUUAAUCAGACUGGGUUCCAGGAUACUUUCCAUUUUCAAGACAAUCCACCCCAUACUGUCUGUUUAAAGGAACAUUUGGCCCGCUUUAGAACCAGGGGUGGUGUGUUCCAUUUCACCAUUUGAGGUGAAAUGGGAAGUAUCUCUUUGCCCUGCUGCUGCUCUGACCACUACCACCUUUGGCAGAAAAGUGGCACCACCGUUGGCGCUGAUUUGGGGCAAGAUCAUGCCCCUUUCAGUGUUGAUUGCACAGAGGCAACAGGGCAGACAGGGCACUCUAGGGGGACUUCUGCCACCUGAAGCAGCAGCCUCGCCUUGACUGGUCGAGCUCUGUUGAGGACAAUUACAUCAAUUUUUGCCAUGGUAAUAGGAAGGCAAGAGGAGAAGCAUUCCUUUAUUGUUACUUAGAAUCUUCCUGGGCUGGAUUCUGGCAUUAAAAUCAGGUUCAAUGGUUAAGCAUUGACUCCAGUUAAGAAGACAUGAUUAUACAAAUGAAUCUUUACAGCCUGGGGGGUAGCUAUAGUAUCUACAAAUGGAAGCACCUCAGAAAAUUCAACACUUGGCAUUUGCUGAAUGUCCUAUGGACGGUACAGUAUAGAAGUGUGCCUGUCUCUGGUAAAGAGGCUUAAAGUCUAGGCAGGACACACAGGAGAGAAGUAGAGAGAGGAGGUAAAUGACAAAACAGUGUGCAGGAAGUAUGUGGGAAGAAUUAAGAACUAGGUACUUGUUUUUAUGUGUUUAAUCACGUUUUGUCUAUCAUCUGUAUAACCAUCCGCUUGGUGCAUUAUAUUGCAAGUGGUAAAUGUGUACAUGUUUGAUUUUAUUUACCCUGCCCUUCAACUACUAUCAAGAGUAGUUUACAAAAAAUUAAAAUUAUACUAAUUUUACAAUAAGCAUCUUGUGCAUGUGUAGACUCAAUUCAGAUCGUGGCCUAAUUGUAAGCCAAACCACGGGCAUCUGCAUUAUUGACGCUCAUUAGGCUGGCUAUCAGUUGAAAAUGUGUUUUCAAUAAGCAGUUUUGCUAUAUAUUUUUUACUUGUGUAAUAAAAUGUAUUCCUGCAUAAAAAUAGCAUGCAUACAUAGACAACAGUAACACAAUAGCAAGCCAGGGUCUUUAAAUAAAGCAAAACAUAUGACAUUUUAAGAAGCAGAGUUAGCUUUUAUAAGUGAUAGAGUAUUUUUAUUGUUUAUAUCAUCUUCUGCAGUAGCAUGUGCCCUUGACCUGGUUCCUCUGCUGUGACCUAAUUUAUAACACGGCUAUGACUGGAAUCAGGAUGAGCUCACACUAGCCAUGCUGCUUAAUAAAUCAGUGUGGUGAGCAGUGCCUUAGUUCCACAGGAAAAACUAAACUGUGAUGGGUAAUUCAGUGUCAAGAAGAAAGCUUUAAUAAAAAAACCUAGAAUAGUAUUGGAGAUAUUUUUCUACUGCAGCUUAUUCUACCAGAGCAUAUUUUUGUAGGAAAUACACUUUAUUUUAUCUAUUUAACAAAAUUGACAUGCCAUUUGAUUGCAGUAAGCCCUCUAAGUGGUUUACAAGAAUACAUCAUUUGUUAUGACAGAAUAAGAGCAGCAGUAGUGGUGUGUCGGGUGGGGUGGGGUGGUGCUGCAAGGGCACACUUCUGGCACCAGUGUUGCUGCCUGCGAGGGGCUGGGAUAGGUUGAGGCUGUGCAAGCACACCAGCAGGAGCAUUCGACUGGCUCUGCCAGUGCUGCCACGCAGGCUGACUUCAGCCCUAUCCAAAAGGAGCAGCUCCACAGCUCCACCCCAUCACAUGGAGCACUACUGGAGAGCACUCUCUGUUGCGCCACAGACUCUGUGGAUCUAUUUGCAACCUACCCUUUGUAUGUGUGAGCUCUGGCAGAAAACAGCAGCAGAAGAAACUGUAUCCAAUUUAUUCCCACCUGGUUUGGGAUGGCAAGCCAUUUUGCAUUAUUUGGAGCAGAAAAAGCAGUUUUGCCUUCAGGUGUAGACUCAGCUGGGAACCUCAGCCAAUCCCUGCCCCUGGUGUUAUACAGGUGUUUUUGCAAGCACAUGUUCAUUGCACACUACAUUUUUAAGCACUCUCAUAAAAAUGUAAGCUGUGCAGUGAGCUUUAUUUCCCUUAGUAUUAAACACUGCCUUAUUCUAAAAAAUAAAUAAAACAAAAUCUGAGGGCCAGUUGUUCUGAUGUGAAGUGAGCUGGUUUUCCUCAGAUGAACUUCUGAGUAAGAUCAGCAAAGGCACAGAUUUGGACACUAAAAAUGGCUUAGUGCUGGUUUGUACUGAAGAACUUCACGUGGUUAAUAGAUCUUAAGUAUUGCAAUUGUAGAUUCUUAUACUAAAGUAUUCAAAUCACAUAUGGGUUUGGUUUGUUAAAACGGUUCUAAUUCUGAUCAAAACAAAAUGGUGUAAUAUUAGAGACAAAUCUGAGUGCCUUUCUAAAGUAGAAGUGUGAAUUGCAACAAUGUUUGGGAUAAGAUCUAAUUAGAUUGAUUAAUGAAGUUACAAGAUUAAUGGCUAAGGGCUUUUUAAAAACAAUCCACACACAGGUUUUGCUGUUUAACCAGGCCUCUGCUUAUACUGGCCGUUGCUAGCAUAUCUGUUUUAGUUGUGCUGUGGCCAAUGUCUCAUGUGGAGAUCUUCCCUGUGUGGUGCAUCUAAGCCUGUAUCUCUCAGCACAGCAGUUAUAGGUUAGAUGCAGUACAAAGUGCUCAGGAGCACUCUUGGAACCAGCAUGCCAUGUGUCAUAUUUUUUAAAUGUAGAGAAUAUUUACCGUGUUGCCAUUUCUUCUGUGUAAGCCGGAGUGACAAACAGGUACUGCAGGUACAUGAAUGUCCCUCCCUAGAAAACCCCAAAUGAAUCAAUGCCCUGUGAAAUAUUGAACCAUUUCAUUCCCUUUCCAAAACAGUGCCAGGCAAGGAAAGGGGUAAUCCAGGAAUAUAUGUGACGUAACAUUUUCCCCCUUCCUGUCUGCAUGAAACAGGUUUAAAUGGGAUGAACAGCAGCAUAUGGGAGCACUUUGCUUCUGGAAGUUUUUCACCCAGUACCUCGCCUGCAUUUCUGUCGGGUCCAGGUGCUGCUGAGCUGGCCAGGCUGCGGCAGGAAUUGGAUGAAGCUAACAGCACAAUAAAGCAGUGGGAAGAAUCUUGGAAACAAGCCAAACAGGUAGCGUCCGCUGGGAGGGGUGAGUGAGAGUGGUUUGCCAGGAUACUAAUGGGCAAAAGCAUCCACCUAACAGCUGAAUAAAUAGUUUGAGGGUCCAAAAAUAAUAUACAAAGUCAGAUUUGGUGUGUGUUAUACUGUAACAUAGUUCCUUCACAGCAGACACGGGGGUUUUGUUUGUUGUUGUUUUUUAGCUCUUAUCAAUGGAGAAAGAAACCAAUUGAUACCUUAGAUACGCUGAGGAGUAGGUUGCAAAUUGUAAUAGGAUUUGAAAAUGUUCAUGCCAAGGUUGCUAGUGUUCCUCUAGGAGUAUUGGCUUUUUUCCAGUUGUAUUUGAGCACACCUUUCCAAUUGUCCCAAUCUUUUUGAUUUAUGUAUCCCCUGAAAAUUGAUAUGCUCCUCACCUUUUUGUAGUAAUGCUCUAAUUAUUUUGAGGUUAGUAGCUGUGCACUGAAAGAAUGGUAAGCCCCUCCUUCUGCAUUCAAGAUGCUUUGUAAAUGUUCUCCCUCUGGGGAUGUACGUUUCCACCCUGCUCUGGCCAGGUUGGCUAACAAGACUAGGGUGGGUGUGAAUAUAUGCUUUUUGCUAAACUGUUCCCGUAACUAGAUUGAGACAGAUGGAUUGCAUUUAGUAAAUUGUUCCCUGAGCUGGUGUUAGGCGCUGGAGUCAGGCAUAGGUCAGCAAUAAAACAAUAAAGCACCCGAUGCCAGUGAAGUUAAUUCUUUAUUCAAAGAAACAAAACAGCUCAGUCCUAGUGACCACAGCAACCCUUCCCAGUAGGUCUUGCCCUAAUGAGGCAGUUGUGAGGACUGAAGGUCCCUGCCUUCCCUCUGCUCUCUAAGGCUCCUCCUCCGGUUCCUUCCCCAGCAGCCUAAGGCUCUUCCACCUUGUAUCUCAUUGCUCUGCGCUCUUCAUUUCUCUGUGUUGUCUGGGAGACCAUCAGGGAUGGGAGCUGGUUGCAGUAGGAGAGGAAGACUCCCUGGCUUCUGCAGCCUGCCCCUACUCUGCCUCUUGACCCCACUCUGCUUCUGCCUCUGCUUCUGGAGUGCUCUCUGCCACAGCCUAUUCCUGCUCACUAAACCCUGUGGCCUCUUCAGCUUCCAACACCUCCUCCUCCUCCCAGUUUGCUCCUGCUUCUCCCUCUGACCAUACAUUGUUGUCCCACCACCAAUCCCCUGGCUGUGAGCUUUCUUGCCCUGGGGGUUCCUUUGGGGGUUUCCCAGCUGGUGCCACCCACCACUCUUCAGUAUCCAGCCAGUCCAUAAGAGCUGGGCAGGCAGGAUGCUCCACUUUAAGGCACUUUGUUUUUUUUUCCUGUUCUCAUGUCAAAGCCAUUUAGCUAAAAUAACCUAUAGAGGAGUUACGGUAAAAUGUGGAUGCCUGGGCUAGAAAACCUUUGUGUCACUUCUGUGUGUGCGGAUUGAAAGGAUCUCAUUAGCUCAGGGGUGUGUUCCCAAAAAUCUGUCUGGGCAAUUAUUGUGCCGCAAGGGAAGAAUGGAAAGAACAGCCCAGAGCUGGAGAAGGCUGCCUUUCAGGCUUCGGGGGAACAAUUUACUAAAAUAAUCUAUAUAAGUACACAACUACUACUACUUUAUUUUAACUGCUUUAUUAUGCUUACAGUAAUAAAAUACCAAUUCCUCCCCCAUCACCACCAAAAUAGAUACAUGGAACCUUCUUGCCAUGUGAAUAUAUUUUUGAGAAGAUAAACACUCUAGGAUCCAAUGUGUGUGUACACCUUUUGCCAGUACCGUGCGCACAAUGUUUGCUUGGGAAAUUUGCCACAUUUUGUCUCACACUGAUUUCAGGAGUUUGUAUAGAUACAAGAAAUCUGCUCCAUAUACAAAGCCUUUAAAUAGAAUGCUGGGGAAACUGUUCAAGCUGUGGAGUGAAGCCAAGUGAGGAGAUGAGAGAAUUCACUUCACAUCCUCCUCUCCCACCCCACCCCCACACUGUUUCCCAAAUUACAAAUGACUUUUCCUUUGGGAUACACAGGCCUGUGAUGCUUGGAAAAAGGAAGCUGAGGAAGCUAAUGAUCGUGCCAACACGGCAACCAUAGAAUGUGAGCUAGCCCGGGAGCAGAGGGAGGCCUUGGAGCUGCAAGUGAAGAAACUCCAGGAGGAAGUGGAGAGGAUCCACACUGGCCAGGAUCCCCAGUUCCUGCGUUCGCUCUCUGAUGUAGAGACCCUCUCCCUCUCCACACUCUAUAAUCUCCAAAAACAGCUGCGUGCCAACCUGGAAAGAGUUGAUAAGGUAGGUCUGAGUGAGAAGUCUUGUCCCACAAUUAACUUAGCUUCCUUUUUGAAUCCUUAAUAAAAGCAGCAACUGUGAAGUUUGCAUUUUUAAUCCAUGGUACAUUUUGAACCCUAUAGACUUGGCAACCAUGAAAUGUCCCAUUCUUUCUUGGAUGAGGGGGUGCAGUUUUAUACUAGAAUGCUCUCAGCUAGCAGGCAAGGCUUAUAACAUGACAAUAGGAAAGGGCAUUUCCCUCUGGAUCAGAGUAUGGUAUGUCUGGUACCUGAAAGCAAAUCCCACAUUGGGCUCCCAUGUAAUGACUUGGGCCUGUAGAAUGUGCUGAAAUGGCACACACAGACUCCCCGUGUUUCCGGGUGGUUGAAGGAAGAUGGAAAGGGAUUUUAUUUGGUAGUACCUAACUUGACACUGCCUUAAAAACAUUUAUGGUCCCAUAGCAUUGAUCUUGUGGGGGGAGAGUCAAAAUGUCAUCUUGUUUCCCCCACAAAACCUAUACUGCACAAGAGCUGCAUAUACACAUUUCCAUGUGAGAUGGGGGUGGGGUGGGUGGGAUUGAAUUUGCUGCGGGAAUGAACACAGACAAUUUGGUGGGGGGCGGGGUCCUCUUGCCCACACAUUCCAUAGAGCUGCUUGCUAGGCAAGAGGAGUAACAGCUGUAUCCUGUGCAUCUUGGGUCCUGGCUGCAGCCUAAGCCACUUCCUUCAGUGACUUAACAGAGUCAGCAGGCCGGAGGAGUCACUGCCAGGAGUUCGAUAUAUGCCAAGUUCACGAGGCACGGCUGCCAUCUAUGUCAUUUUGCAUGCUGUCUGCCCAAAGGAACUUUCAGAACAGGUGACGGGAAGAGGCGAGAGGGAUGUGGGGAGGUAAGCCAGGUCAGGCAUAGGAACAGGGAGGCGGCUGCAGAGAGAGAGGCAAAGGACUCCUCCGCCUCUUUUGUACUCCAGUUUCUUCCACCGCCCUCCUGAAAAUGUCUGUGGAUUCUCCCUUGUCUACUCCUUGUGAAUAUCUCUGACCUUUUAAUGGCUGCCUCAUGAGUGUACCAGGGCUCUGUUUUGUUUUGCUGACAACCCCUUUGGUUUUGCCCCCCAUUUCUUUCUUUCCAGGCAGUGUUUCAGAUGCAGUCGGUGAAAUGCCUCAAGUGCCAGGAAGAGAACCGGGUGGUACUCCCGUGCCAACACACUGUGCUGUGUGAAACGUGUGCUGAGGAGGGCGAAUGCCCCAUCUGCCAUCCCAACAGGCCACACACUCUCCAGUCGUGACCCUACUAGGACAUUUGGUUUAGCAUAUCACACAUAGAACUUUUUAACUUUAUAUAUAUAUAUAUAUAUAAAUAUAAUAUGAAUAUAUAUAUAUGAAUAUAUAUAUAUAUAUAUAUAUACAUAAAAACAAAAAUUAGUUGCAGAGCACUUUUUAAUACUUUGCAUCUCCCAUUUAAAGGUUUCCCCCCUCCCCAGUCCUGCUAAGUCUAACUGCUUAGGGACUUUUAUGGCUGUUUUUAUGUAGAUCAAAGGGCAGUUUGCAGAGUUUGUUUCCUCUCUUUCCCCUCCCCCUUUCCUAUUUAGGAUGUAACCCCUUUUUAGUCUUCUGAAUAAAGAUUUAGAGGGAAGGGGAAGAGGGGCUUGCAAGUGCUUUCCAGGGUGAGGACUGGAUCUGUGGGGAGAAGAGACACGGAAAUCAAAUUUCUGAUCAUGUCUUUGUCCUCCUUCUCUUGGCUCUUACUUCAUCAUCAUUUUCAUCUUUUUAAAGCAGCUGACAUGCUCUUAGCCUAACAACAAGAGAAUCCCCUUUGCAGUUCUUCCCCGUUGAGAGCUUCAGGCAUUCAGAACUCUUGUUGGCCUUCAGUAUGGGUGAGGAUCUUUGGAUAUCUGUUUGAAAAACAAGCAUUCGCUUUUUAAAAGUCUUUUUACACACUUGUAGGUUUCUACCAAAGCAACAAAAGGAGCAAAAUUUCAAACAAACCAGUGAUGGCAGGCCAGUAGUCACAAUAGUUUUACUCAAAGGCAUUACUUAUCAGUGGAACUUCGUAAAGAGGAAAAGUCAGAUUUGUUGGUCUGUAUUCUCUUGGCAAUUAGGAUGUGCUUCAGAGCUGUGGGUAAUGCAAAUGGAAGGCAUUCUAGGUGGCAGGUAGAGGUGGAAGUGUGAAAUGAUGAAGACCCUCUUUGGAAAAGCCUGUGUCUUUUCUGGUUGCUUGCUGGAGGUUAGGGCGGGGGUAUUCUUCCUAGGCUUUGUUUUCAUUGAUAAUUAAAUGGAGGUAGAUGGAACCUUUUAAACUUUUUUAGUCUGCCUAAUACAGGCUUGCAUAACUUGUGACCCACCAGUUAGGUAGGGUGGCCCUUUGGGACUAAAUCAGUUUCCUGUUUUUGUCUGCCUGCCUGGGACUGCAGAAAUGGGGUAUUGGUCAAGUAUCUGGCUAGAGGGUACAAUGUUCAGUUGGUCUACAUUUGGUCAGCUGAUGCCGUGUUACUCACCCUAAACCUAAUACUUGGUACUUCCUGAUGGGUAGAAACAAUAUGUCUCUUCCGCUGCUGUUCCCAUACCACGAAUGGUACUGUUACCAGCGUCGUGGUGUAACAUAUCCACCCUAUAGUUCAGACAAGGGUUGGUUUUUUGCUAUGAGUGUUAAGAAAAAAUCAUUCAGGUUUUUUAACAGAGCAAGCUCAUCUGUUUGCCCUGGACAGCACUUUGUGUUGCUAGCAUACAGUAAGUUGUGGUGCACCACCAUGAACUUGGGGAAUGUAGAAUGUGAUAGAGGAACGGGGGACAUUUUCAGAAGUUAACACUGUGUGUUUCUAUCUUGCUGCCAAAAAUUUGGAGUUGCAUACUGAAUUGAAGCAUGGAUUUCCUUCAGAUGUAAUUUCUGCAAAGUAAUAGCGGAGAUAUUGUGAGGAAGAAAUAAUUUUAAAUUCACAGCCAUGGGACACAAACAGAAUUUUGCAAAUGUUCAGGGACCCCAAUAUGAAAAUGUUUCCAGUGGGAAGAAAUAGAUUCACAAAAUGCAGAACUGGGAGCAGGCAAACAGAGAAUCCAAGAUAUUGGAAUAUCCUCUUUUGAAAGAUUAGCUAGCUGCUUAGGUGUCAAGUGGAGUUACGUUCCUAAUCCGCUUCACAUUCUUCUGAUUUAUAGUGAAUGCCACGAGGCCAUACUUAAAGCGCUGUUCGUAGGCAAGAAAAGAUGGGGUUGCCCAGAGUCCACAGUGUUUCACUUCUCAAAUACAUUCCUUUUCUUUCUGACUAGGGAAACCUUCUUACUCUUCUAUCUUACUCCUCACUAGUUUAGGUUUCCGGUGAAGCUCGCCUGUCUUCUUUGCAGGAGGAUAUCGUUGGUUGUGAUCUCUGUUUAGCUAUAGAUGAUCUGGGGACACCCAAGGCUUUCUAUAGUCUUAGGCUGCAUCUGGGAUCAGUUGUGUUUGGUCCAUUUGAAUUGUGUGCAGUCGAAUCUUUGUAGCCCAGAGGCUUGGGACUGGUCCCCAACAGAUGGGAACAUUCAUCAGGCAUGUAUGUGAUACACUUUUGCACAGCCCAGAGAGUAAUUCUGGAGUUGGUGGGGGCCUGAUCCUCCUGCCCUUCUGCUUUGGCAUUAAAAGCACCAAGCCAAAAAUGAGAGACGCUCCCAUGCAGACGUGCCCUUUCUACUGCUCUGCUCAUUCUUACGAAAGAUAGUCUAGUUGUUCCUUUGGGUUAGCAUCUCUGUUAACUCUGGGUCACCUUAGUGUAGCUGCAAAUGCCCUUAUUUGUCUGGGUACCUGCAGUAGACAACUUCCAUGAAGAUGGAGAAUAUUCUCCCAAAACGACCAUAAAGUCUGAGUCUAUAAAUGCAUUCCUCCUUAAUAUUGGGUGUGCACUUGCUAGAGAACUACUUAGACCAGAACCAUUUGUCAUGGACAGCAUUGACUACUAUUUAUAUUGCCCAUCUCUUACUGGGCACAGUGCAUCUAGCCUUGAGGGAUACAUUUCAUAGGUUAGGCUUUUUAUACAAAUAGACAGAAAUCUUUUUGGGUCCCAAGCAACCAGCAGCUGGAUUAUCGGAGCGAUCAUUAAUUUAUUUCUUGUGCUUUUGUGGGCCAGAAUGAAUAAGGUUUCCAAGCUCUGAGCAGAACUUAACUACACCUAUUAAAAAAGAAACUUACAGUGCAAUCCUAAGCAUGUUUACUCAGAAGUAAGCACCAUUGAAUGCAAUGGGGUUUGCCCCCUAGUAAAUGUGUUUAGGAUUGCAGCCUCCACUAAUAAUUUCCAUUGAGAUUAAAUUUGCACGCUUCCCAGAGUGCUUUACAAAUGGUGUUAACUCACUGAUUAUGUGUUAACCUUUGAUUAUGUGUGGUAGGCUUCCAGGAAUAUAUAUUGGGGCCUAAAUCCAACUGACUUUCAUUGAAAUUUGUGGUUUGGAAUAUUUUUUGUGUUAAGCUUGUAUCCAGUAAAUGUGUCGUCCUGCAGUUCCUGAGUGGUAGAACUCCCACUGCAGUUUGUUUUGACUUGUUCAGACAUUGCAACAGCCUGUAGGCAACAAAAAGCAACGGUCCAGUCCAGAAGGACUCUAAUCUGUCAUUUUGAACUGGGGAGUUUGUUUAACAUGUAAAAGUGUAAUAUUUAGAUUUAUAAUCUCACUCCCUUGCUCACCAGUCUCUGCUUCAUUUGCAGUAGUUGACCCACCUUUCCCCAACCUGGAAAAGCACUGGAAACUCUAAGUUAUCAUUCUUUUUCAUAAGGGUAAUCCAGCUACUCACUGUCAGGUUUUUCCUCUGGAGUAUUUUCAUAUUUAAUGCAAGUACAUCAUUAGAUUUGCUUCCACAAUUCCACCCUCCCAUAUUUGGGGGGCUAAUAUGCAUUCCCAGAUGAUCUCAAAGUGCAGCUCUGUUUAGGAUUUUUUUUUUUAAUUAACUUUUAUGUUUGGUAAAACUGCUUUUUUUCAAUGUGUAUAUUGUACUAGUAUCUGUUGUGUUUUUUUAAAAGAACACCUAAUUGGCUUCUUUCUUUUCUUUUUUGUAUGGAGAGACGCUGCUGGCUGACUCUUGUGGUUGUGUUCGUUUUUGGUUGUAGCCUUUGAAUGUCUGUGCCAUGGGGCUUACCUGGUCUCCAAGGCCAGCAAACAUGCCUCAGUCUUAAGGAAAGCUUGUUUGUUUAAAAUAUGUGAACAUUUUUAAAACAUACACACACAAAUUUAAAUUAUGGGGGAGUAAUAAUACUCUGCUGGAAAUAAAAUGUACUAAACUAUUUUGGUAACUAACUUAAAGAUCAUAGGAAAUAAACUCUUUGAAUCGGGUCUACAGUGUUUAUACAGAAUUGCAGCCAUUUUCAGGCUCUUUGGUGGUAACUGGUUUGUAACACUUAGUUUUGUAAACAUUGUGUUUUAUUGCUUCCUCUGCCUUUCUAUGUGAUUGUCCAUAGUGAGACGAUGAUUUUGUGGGGGGCGAUUUGUUUAGUCCUGAAUUGCCACAGCUUUGUGUAACUCCAACAGAAUCCUACAGAGGGUGUUAGAUGUGUCACUGGUCCCCUCAAGCGUAACUUAGAGGUAGUUUCUUUGUCCUGUUUUUAAGGCCUGGCAACUCUAUAGAAUCUUGCUGGUUAUCAGAUUCCUCUUUCCCACUCCCCACAACACCCCCUAGGCAAAUUGCUUUGCUGGUGCAGUGCAGGGGAGAAAUUAUACCAGAGGCAAAAGCCUGUUUACAUUUAGUGCCACAGCCCAAUCUGUCUGUUCUAUUGUGAAGGACCAAAGAAUCCAAAAUGGGAUUUAAAAAAUAAAUAAAUCUCCCAACCCCACAAAUUCCGGACUGCUCCCCAUCCAAUUAUGCUUUUUCCUCUACCUCGUCUCUGUCAGUAUAAUGCAUAGGCACGAGGACAUAGCAGCAGGCUGGUUUUAUCCACACCUGGGAAUCGUAGAAGCCCACGCUUCUCUAUCCCAUUCUUUAGCUCUUUUAAGACGCACUUUUUUUAGAAAAAAGAAAGCCUAGAUUUCUAUGAAUUUUAAUAUUGAAAUGAAAUACCUGAAAUGUGAAUGCGUUUGUUAGGUACCAAAUGGAAAAGCAAAACCAAUCUGUUUUGUAACUUUGGGUUAAGUUUCUGCAUAGGAAUUUUUUGUUUACCGGGAUAGGGUGGGAUGAACCAUGAAUGAGAGGAAAGAUGCAUAUUUUUUUUUAACCGAAAGCAAAUCUUGAUUGAGCUAGUAGUUGCUGAUUUGAAUAGUACCUGCUCAGCACUGGGGUUUUUUUUUAGGCCAAUGGGAUUAUGUGAUUGGGUUUUGCCUGAUGCUAAAGCUAUUAUUUGGUGCUAGAGUAAAUCAUCCUAAAUGGACAGCCCAAGGAGAUGUGCUUGGAUUGUGAAAGUUCACACACUUCUGAGCAGAAUGCCUCUUGUAUUCCCUCUCUGGCCUCUAUGCCAAGGCCUAUUGGGGGGGGGGUCAUUCCAAAAGUUUGGGGAGGACCUCCUAAUAUAACUAAUUUUACCAGCCAAGGGAAUAUUGUGGUUGCAAAAACCAGAGUAUUCAAAAAGGCUGGUAGACUUACCUUGAUUAGCAGCAGAGAACUAUCAGGUAGCUGAAGAAUUAGUAGAGAAGUAAGUGUUAAGAAUUAACCUGUAUAUGCUUCUUUUAAAACAAUUGGCUUUGUGGGGCUGAGGAAUUUCCACACAUUCGGGCAGAUGACCUAGUAAUCCUACAGCUCAGAGGUGCUGGGCUACGCUUCUCUACUGCCCAACUUCAGCAGAGGGGAAAACGGCACCUAACAAUUUAUUGUGGGGAAUUGCCUAUAUGCAGCACACAGGGUCUGUGUUUGCACGUAACACUUAAGUGAUGGCUCAGUGUUACAAGGCUAAGCUGCAGCCCUGCAGUCUCUGGUGCAUUCACACAGAGGACUUUGCAAGCUUUCACUUCCAUUUUAGACUAACCACAGAUUCUUGUGACAUUUAAAUCUGGAUAAACUGCAUUUAAUCUUAACUACAGAUAGUGAAAGCAACUUCAAACCAUGGUUUAUAAAGCUGCCUCUCUCCACCCCCAUAACCAUAGAUACAAUUAACCGCACUUUACGGUUUGGCUGUAAUGUUCAAGCAAAAGGUUCCAGUUUCCUCCUCGUUGCAGUGCUGGAGGUGGCAAGCAGAGCAAACAUACCCAAGGUUUCCUUCAGCUUGUCCUUCUAAUGCUAAACCAUCACUUAGCAUCACAUGUAAACAGAGCCAGAGACCCCACAGAAUUCUUCACAGGAAAAUUCCUUUUUCUUUUUAACUUUCCAUAAGUCUCCAAGCUUAACCUGAGCCACUUCAAGGGCUGCACAGCUCAGACAAAUGAAGAGAAUUUCCUUCCUUAGCAUGGAAGGACAUAAAGGACUCAACAGUUUAGUGCUGUCCCACUAGACAGACAGGACUUUCCCAUAUUGGUUCCGUCCCCAAAAGGGAAAAGUAUUUAUUACCAGUCUGGGGGGGGGGGGGUUCUCAUUUUUCCCUCCUUUUGAUUCCCCUCCGGGAUUAUAUCAGCCUUUAGAGCAAUGCAACCAGAAAGUAGAUGUUGCUGGCGAAAAGUAUUAUAAGUGAAGUAUUCCUGCAAAUUGGUGACUGUGGAUCAAAAGAUCUCUAUGGGGCUUCCCCACUCUGUAGCUUCCAAUGUUUGAAAGGAAAAAAAAUAUAUAAAUACAUUCUAUAUAAAUUCUUAAAAUUACACACUACAGUAUUUAUGGUGGCAAUUCUGAACCAGUCUCUCUCCUUGGAUUUUCCUAGGCAGGGGAGGGUGGAGGGUGGCUGGGACAGAGAGCUGCUCAAGUCUGUGUAGAAGUCAGCCAAAAGGUAAUAGGUGGUGUGUACAAUGUGGUGUUUGAUUCCAUUAUUAUAGACUGUAAUGCGGAACUGUGAUUUCAGCUGUUGUUCUUUCUCGUAUUCUGUAUAUAUGUGUGUUUGGCUGUCCAGAAACCUGGUUUUAGACACUCUUUCUUGGCAAAGUGGAUUUGCAUGUGGAGCUUAAAAAAAUGCAAUCUUGUGUCACAAUUUCCAAGGGCAGGAUGGAUUUUCUAGAAGACAAUAAAUUUUUUUAUUUUUUUGCUAAGAAAAAAAAAA